AUGUGGGACUCGCAGGUCUCAGAGCAAGUGAGCAAUAAUGCAAUAAUACAAGUGAGGUUUCAUAUUCAGCGUUUCAGAGAAAUAUGGGCAGUAGCAAUACAGAAACGUUGAGGUGUCAGAGUGCUAGAACAUUUUAGGCAACUUUCCUGCCUAUUGAUUAUUAUUUGCAGAACUAAUAAUAGGAUUUAGAAAGAAAACGAAAGUAUCUUAUUUAUACUCACUGUUUUCUAAACACAUUUAAUGUAAUUUGAGACAAAUUGUUGUGAGAAUUAUUCUGGCAAAGCUUUGUUACACCCUCAAACAGGCCAAAAAUGUAGCAUCUAGUAAAGAACAUCAUUAGGAUAGACGAGGACUAAAGAUGAGGGUUUCUCCCUGUUUAAGAGGAACAUUUUGGAGGUAUGGCCUUUGGCGUACAUGACUACCGGUAUUUAUUCUUGGUUCACUUUACUUGAAGCCCUAUACUUUUAUUUUAAAACAGUAACACAUUAUUAAUAUAUAGGUUGAUAUGUACCUUUUUAUUUCGGUAUAGGAUCAUUCAUAAUGUUGAUGGGCAUUUUCAACAAUAAUGACAUUUUAAUACAAUUGUAAUAUGUUUAUGUUCAUUUUGAACUUUUAUUCCAGCGCCUGGAGGAUACGGUGUUAAAUCCAGAUAGCUCAGGUGAAGACAGAACAUUGGGUUUUCGAGGUGUUGAAGGAGAGAGAGACACCUUGACUCCCGUGCCUGCACGUAUCAGGGAGAUAGUCACACAGAAUCUGAGUGAGGACUUAAGGCACAGUAAGUUAACUAGAGUAAGAUCGUGUGUCAACACCCUCGAGGGGUAGAUGUAUAAGCGUAACUUCCAACAUUUACAGAGUUAUUCGCUAGAGUGAAGAUUGUCAGGAAUCUGAAAAGGCCUAAAUAGCCAAACUGGAAACCUGACAUGACAAGAUAACAUGGAGAAUAUUUCCAGUACUGCUAUUUUGGUCUUCAGUUCAAACUUCGCUGUGAAUUCCUGACAGUUUACUUUUUAGUGAAUAACCUUGUUAAAGUUGCAAAAGGAUGACCCUUUUAUGCUAAGAUGUGUGACCAAAUGUGCCAGCGACUGCUUGAUUCCAGAGAAUUUUAGAUUAAUGAUAUUCUUACAGCCAUUUAUGUGAAACAAAUCAUUUAGUGUAUGACCAAAGGUUUUUUAUUGUAUUAAUUGUUUUUAUUUUGUUAUAUUGUAAAUAUAUAACAUGCUUCCACACUUUAUUUCUCUGGAGCUCUGUGAUAAACUUCUUCAUACCUAAAAUACUGAACUUUUAAAAAGUAGGACCAAAUGGUAGAAAAUGCCCAAAGAAAACCAGGCAGAGAGACAUUUGAGUCUUUUUAACAAAAAAAAGGAGAAAUUGCAUCAAACUUGAUAAUUAUAUUUAUAUUCUAGAUUAAAAUAGGAAAAUGAUUGCAGCCAGGACAAAAUGAUCAUGAUCUAAAAUGUGGGUGUGACUUACUCCUUAAAAUGUAUUACUUAUGUGUGGCAACGGUAAAGUCUCUCCUUGUGAAAACAGCGAGGAAACAUCACAGCUUAUUUUAUUUUUGCAAGUGAUGUAUAAUCUACCGUAGUUUUUUUUUUUUUUUGCAUACACCAUAACUCCCUCCUGCAGUUCUUCUGUUCCACCUGUUUAUUGGUUUCUUUAUUUUCUUUAGGACCUUCUGAUUCUUAUCUAGACUGCACUUUCCAUGAGGAGAACAGAUCUCUACAGGAUGAAUUAUUCCGUACGAAAGACCUGCUGGCACAAACACGCUCUGAGCGUGAUGAACUCACACUCAAAAAUCUCAACUUGACUGAGAAGGUAAAGAGAUGUUAAAUAUGGAAUUCCCACACACUCCAACACUUCAAUAAUGUAUGCCUGGGGUUGUGAUGUCCACUAAUACUCCAUAAAUGUCUGCGUUCUUUGCACUAUACUAUGAUUAUUAUAUUAGGUAGCAUUAUCCCUGUUGAUUCUACACUUAAAUGAAGCCAGCACUUACAUACCAUACACUACCACAAUUCUGGGAAGUUAACAUUAGUUCAUACACACCUGCAUUCAAUGAGGUCCACACACCACUAUACUUCAAUGAACUUCAGUCCAUAACCGCCCACACUUCAAUGAAGCCUUCAUUAAUCCUUAUGCUCCUCACUCCAGUGAAUGCAGCUGUUAUCCACACUCUUCUGACAAUUAAACCAGCAGUACUCCAUGCACUCCCAACACCUCAGUGAAGCCAAUGCGCGUCCAUAUACUCCUAGAUUUCAAUGAAGCCACAUACACACACUUUUCAUAAAUCUAUUCCUUUAUAGAGCCAGCACUGUUCCUUACACUUCUUGUUCUCCAGCACUAGUCCACCAAUGCAUAUUCUUCACUGAAGCUAGCUCUAUCCCACACACUCCUGGUCCACAGUUAAUCCACCACUAAUCCACACAUUACCAGUCCACAGUGAAGCCAGCUCUAUCCGACACACAAAUGGUCAGAGAUGUGGCAACUGACAUUUAAUGUGGAUAAGUGCAAGAUAAUGCAUCUCGGACGUAAAAACCCAAGGGCAGAGUAUAUAAUAUUCAACAUCUGAGGAAAGGGAUUUAGGACUAAUUCUUUCAGAUGACUUAAAGGAGCACUAUAGGGUCAGGAACACAAGCAUGUAUUCCUGACCCUAAAGGGUUAAAAUCACCACCUAGUCCCCCUGGGCCCCUCAUGCCUCCAUUAAUAUAGCAAAAUCUUAAUUGUAUUCAAGCCUGAAGCUGCUGGCUCUGCCCUGUCCGUCUCAGACCAGCAAGCAGUCUGCUGACAUCAUCAGAAGUGGUAGCCUGAUCCAAUCACAGUGCUCCCCAUAGGAUUGGCUGAGACUGACAAAGAGGCAGGUCAGGGGCAGAGCCAGCACAAUUCAAACACAGCCCUGGCCAAUCAGCAUCUCCUCCUAUGAGGAAAGUUCACUGUCUGCCUGCAGAGUGGAAACACUGAAUGUUUGGAUGCAUUUUAGGCAGCCAUAACCCAGGAAGCAUCUCUAACAGCCAUCUGAGGAGUGGCCAGCAAAGUUAUCACUAGGCUGUAAUGUAAACACUGCAUUUUCUCUGAAAAGACAGUGUUUACAGCAAAAAACCUGAAGGUAAUGAUUCUACUCACCAGAACAAAUUCAAUAAGCUGUAAAUAUUCUGGUGACUAUAGUGUCCCUUUAAAGGUAGGCAGACAAUGUAAUAGAGCAGCAGGAAAUCCUAGCUGAAUGCUUGGUUGUAUAGGGAGAGGUAUUAGCAGUAGAAAGAGAGAAGUGCUCAUGCCAUUGUACAGAACACUGGUGAGACCUCACUUGGAGUAUUGUAUGCAGUACUGGAGACCGUAUCUUCAGAAGGAUAUUUAUUAUUUGGAAAGAGUGUAUCCCACACACUAAUAGCCCACAGUGAAGCCAGCUCUAUCCCACACACUAACAGCCCACAGCAAAGCCAGCUCUAUCCCACACACUCCAACACUUCAAUAAAUACAAUUAUUCAACACAUUUGAAACUUCUGCAUCUCAGUGAACCGAGAAGUACCCCUUUAACUUCUAAUAUGUAACUUUAUCAACAGCCAUACUAGCCAUACUGUAUCAACAUCUCAUAUAUAGGUGGGUCAUUUGUUCAGCCUGUCUCGUGCAUUAGAGAAUUUAGCAUUACUUCCUGCAUUUGUCACAUAUUAAUGGGGUUUCCAAUACUCACUGCAUCUCUCAUUCAUUAGAGGAUGCUACCUCCGAUUGCUCAUACAUUAUUGAUCUAAGCUGUACUGUCACCAUUUAUCUACAUUAUAUUGCCUCUUAGUACAGCCAGCAUUACUUAGCAUCACUUUUGACAUCUCCUUGCAUUAGUGAGCAUAUUCAUACUAUUGAGCAUAGUGAGCAAAUUAGUGAGCUUAUUUAUACUCACAUAUAUUGUACAUUAGUGAGCGUGUCCAUACUCACAUAUAUUGUACAUUAGUGAGCUUAUUUAUACUCACAUCUAUUGUACAUUAGUGAGCUUAUUUAUACUAACAUAUAUUGUACAUUAGUGAGCUUAUUUAUACUCACAUCUAUUGUACAUUAGUGAGCUUAUUUAUACUAACAUAUAUUGUACAUUAGUGAGCUUAUUUAUACUCACAUAUAUUGUACAUUAGUGAGCUUAUUCAUACUCACAUAUAUUGUACAUUAGUGAGCGUGUUCAUGCUCACAUCUAUUGUACAUUAGUGAGUGUGUCCAUACUCACAUAUAUUGUACAUUAGUGAGCUUAUUUAUACUCACAUCUAUUGUACAUUAGUGAGCUUAUUUAUACUAACAUAUAUUGUACAUUAGUGAGCUUAUUUAUACUCACAUCUAUUGUACAUUAGUGAGCUUAUUUAUACUAACAUAUAUUGUACAUUAGUGAGCUUAUUUAUACUCACAUAUAUUGUACAUUAGUGAGCUUAUUCAUACUCACAUCCAUUGUACAUUAGUGAACUUAUUUAUACUCACAUCUAUUGUACAUUAGUGAUCUUAUUCAUACUCACAUAUAUUGUACAUUAGUGAGCUUAUUCAUACUCACAUAUAUUGUACAUUAGUGAGCGUGUUCAUGCUCACAUCUAUUGUACAUUAGUGAGUGUGUCCAUACUCACAUAUAUUGUACAUUAGUGGGCUCUUUAAUACUCACAUAUAUUGUACAUUAGUGAGCUUGUUCAUACUCAAAUCUAUUGUACAUUUGUGAGCUUAUCAGCACUGACAGCUUCCCCUAUACACAAGUGAGUGUGUCAUUACUCAGAACAACUCCUUUAUUUGGCAAGCUGAUAUACAUGUUUAUCAUUACUGGAAGCAUCUCUUAUUCAUCAAUGACCUUAUCAGUACUCAUAGUAUAUAUCCUAUACUUAUGUUAUCUUCGCUCUCUUGUACAUUAUGCAGCUUAUCCGCAAUCCCAAAGUAAUAAUACGUUUCUGCUGUUUAGUAUUUCGUAGCAGCUAUCAUUGCAAUCUCUAUUUUGCUAACAACAAAUGUCAUUUCAUAAAAAUUGGUCUGUCAAAUAUGCUACGUUUAAUCAAAAUAUGUGACGAUUGAAAUAAUAAUUAUUGGAUAAUAUGUUCUGGCCUUGUUCUAGGUUGGUUUAGCUUGUUUUCAUACCAUCCUUUAUACUGAUAGAAGUUUAUUAAAUAUAACUAGUGUUUCUGCAUAUUUAGUAGGUAUAUAAGUCUUUCUUCAAUGCUCAGAGCUCACUCUCCAUAGUGUUUUCUGGUUUUACUAAUAUCAGCCCAUAAAGAGUUAACCUUUGUUUGCAAUACUUAGUCUGGCUUAAUUUACUCUCCACCUGGAAUUAACUUAUCUUGAUGGAUUCAACAUCAUCUUGGUUCUUUUUUCUGUUAGAGAGCAUUCAUGAAAAGUAAGGCUUGUCCAUAUCAGUUACUCUCUGAAAGUCAAAUGUCUGAGUCAGUAUCAGUCUCAUUUUGGGGGGCCAAGCGGUACUUUUCCUUGUGUUUUUAUUUGAGAUCCAUACUAUUUCUCUAUAUGAAUUACUGAAGUUUGUCUCACACUGGAGUUUGUCAUACACAUCUCGUAUUCAGUAGGUUCGGCAGCCAUUGCUUGUUAGCUGUGUCAACCUUUAGCAGGCAAUCCUAAACCUAGUAUAUAGACAACAAGGCCUGUGACUGCUUUGUGACCUUGUCUGCUCAAAUCACUCCUUCCAGCUGCACCUCUGUGCUCCCCCUGCUGUGCCAGAUUCCCACCUUCCCAAGCAGAAUUAACGCUCUCUCAUAACAACUCUAAAUAAACUGUCUGGCUGUUAACAACCCAGAGGGAGUGGUGCCCUCCCCACAAACACUUUCUCAGGGACGUGUGAUCUCUGACUCCAGUCCCUUAGUCCCUUCCCCCCUUUACUAUACUCUCAUAGCAAGAGUAACGUCAAGGCUUCACACCUUCAAACAGAAAUGCUUAUACAGUGACACAUUUUAUUGGGCAACAUAAAUGUUUCUCCAUGGAAUGGCUUGAGCGGGAAUGUUUUAUCUCAUAUUGGGAGCUGUCAAGCUAACAAUCAUUUCCAAAUAAAUUUACGGCCAUUGACAUAGGUCUGUUUUUGUGGACCCUGUAAUACCAUAGGGAAUAUAAGAUGUGAUAUACAAAAUGUUUAUGUGUAUAUUAGGGUUGAUUUUUUGUGUGUUUUAUUCUCUUGUAGAUGAGACUAAAAAUAUAAUUAUGCCCCAAAAUAUUUGUAAACUCUAUUCAUCAACGGUAUUAUUAUAUUAUUAUUAUUAUUAUUAUUAUUAUUAAAUUGUAAAUAAUAUAUUCUUGAAAUAUGUAGUCAAAUACAUCUUUAGAGGUGUCACAGGGCACUGUAGCUGUAGGAGAAUAGCAAAUGAGUGAGCAUGUCAUACAUGCAGUCUUCAAAGAAAAUAUAUCUCUUAAACUAGAAAGUUGUGGUGAGAGCAAAAUACUCCUCACUGAUUGAUGAAAAUGUAACGUGCUGUUGUGCAUCACCCACAUAUCAUGGUUUCAUUAUGUUUGUUGGUCCUGCAGAAUCACAAAAAAUGCUUUGGUUUAUAAAGUUGUGUUUAAAACAGCGCUCAAUUAGUUAGGGUGGAUGAAGAAAUGAAGAAUUAAGUUGGAACCAUGAUGCCUGUCUGUGCUCAUUUACAUAUCCAGCAGGGCAUUUUGGGAGAAUCGGGAAAACAUGAUUUCUCUGAAUUACUGUAAUUCCCCUUUUUAUUGUGUUACUAGGAGGGAUAGCACACACAGACACACUCCUGCAUUGUUAAAUAAGGAAAAGCCUUAAGUGUGUGUGUGUGUGUGUGUGUGUGUGUGUGUGUGCAUAUAUAUAUAUAUAUAUAUAUAUAUACAUAUAAUUUUUAUUUAUUUACUUACUUUUUCUUUGCAGUUGGAACAGUCUCAUAACCUGCGAUUGGGUGAAAGUGAAGUGGUCUUGGAUAUGAGACGCCUAUUCCGUGAAGAGGAAAUGGCGUACAAACGCAAAUUAUCAGCCUAUCAGGAUGGUCAGCAGAAGCAGGCUCAACUAGUACAGAGACUGCAGAACAAGGUAUACAUUGAUUUCUGAUGACUAUAUACAUUUAGUAAUUUUACUUGGAAUUGAUCAAGAUUCUGCAGUUGGGUGAAUUAUCUGUAGCUAAGUGCAAGAUCUUCCCUCUUAGAUACAUUGUGUAUGUGAAAAGGUCCUGUUGUAGGGGGAACAUGCUUAACUGUAGGUUGUGAAGGAGGGAAAAGAUGGGUGGGAUAAUCGACAAUUGUUUUUAGGGACAUGGUAUGGAGAUUGGUAAGAUGAUCUGAGAAUAUUUAAAAUGUUGAAUUUGAGGUAAUAGCAUAAAGAAAUCAGAAGUAAUUAGUGGAUCAGGCUGAAGUGAUGGCUUGUGGGUCUUUGCAGUGUGUUUAGAUGGUGUUAGAGAAGAAAUUAUCUCCUAAUUAUGUUCCAAUAUUUUUGUUUUACAGGUUUUACAGUAUAAGAAAAGGUGUGGAGAGCUUGAACACCAACUUUUGGAAAAAACGUCGGAAAAGGAGCAGCAAAAAUCAACUGUAAGUAUUAUGAAAUUGGCCAUGAUAUUCAUUAAUUGUAUGGUUGUAAUAAAAUAAAUUAAUUCCUAAUUCAAUUGAAUUGUUUAAACAUAUAGACAUCUUAUAAAAUUACUCAUACCAAUCCAUUAAAGAUUGAUCUUGUCAGGAAUACUAAUUACCCUGACAUGCAAACCUUGGUCACACGUCUUAAUAGAGGGAAAAUGCAGGACAAUAGGGUAUUGCCAGUCUUUAGAGGGACUGGACUUAACACAGUGCCUAUAAUAGUGAAACAGCCUACUGAUGAGAGUAAACAGAGACUGGCUGUGGCCAAAUCAUUUCAGAAAGUCAACAUAUAGAGUAUAACAGACUGAGGUUAAGACUAACUGAGAACAACAAAGAGCCCUUGCUUGGCCUUAUAUAUCCAAUGGAUUGUUGUCAUCUUUCAAUUUAGGUCAGAUCCUCGGUCAUCAAAAAGGGUUCACCUAGAGAGGCAACAUUUGUUGUUUGCUUGGUUUUCAGGAAUUUGAAGCAGAACCCUAACUUGAGCUCAAAUGUAUUUGUCUGCUGAGCAUACAAUACAAUCUAAAUCAUACUCUUUAAUAACUAUUGUGAAAGACAGGAAGAAAAAGACUGGCUGAUGGGAAGGUUGAAUCUAUUUAUACCCAUUUCUCUGUCCAGUCCUUUCUUCUGUGAAGGGGGGAACUAUACCAUAGGUUAAUUUUACAAGGAUCUGCUUAGGAAAGUGAAUAUAACUGGCCUUAAAUAAUACUGUUUAAUCUCUAAGUGUAUAGGAGCAGUGCUUACAUGGUGUGAUGGUGAGCAGUUAGCAUAUGGAAUAUGCCUAUAACUUAUGCUAACCAUUUUUCCAUGAGAUGCUCCAUGUGCUUUAAAUGACCAUUAAAGUUAUCAGUGUUCCUGUAUGUUUAACCAAUCAGGGUAAAACAUUUUGCAGAAAGGACAAUAUAUACAUUGCAGGGAUAAAUGCGCCUCUAGUGGCUGUCGUACUGGCAAGUGAUGUAAAAGGCAAGAGGAAGCCGUUUCUAAAAUAAGACAUGAUGUUUGAUUCUGACAGCCACUAGAGGUGCUACCGCUGCACUGGCCGAGUAUCCUCAAUCACGUGAUGCAGCAGCGGGAGGCGGAAAGGUGAGGUUUGUAUUCCUAACUAAACUAAACUCCUAAUUUUGUAUACUAAACUCCUAAAUUUUGUCUUUUAUAAUUUAUAUUAAAGAUUUAGCAAAUUACAUCAUAAUCCAGUUCAGAAAUCAGGCAAAAUCAGGACAAACAUUGCAAAAUGAAGAGUUUGCAUUUGGAACAAAUUUUCUUCAAUUCCCGUUGAAUUUGAGCAAUUUGCUUAAAUCAAUGCAAGAGAAUCAGUACACUGAGUACCAGUAACAAAAAUAACUAUUUUAUUAGAUAUAAUAUGUAAUUGGCACCUCUCUUCCUAUCUUAACAUUUGCUGUACUUGUGUUCAAAGUGUGGUGAAUGAAAAUCAAAAUGUUUUCUUACUCGUUAAAUUAUUAUUAAUUUCAUAGUUUGUUCCAUUACCAAGCCAGUUCUAUAAAUAUAUGUAUUCACUGCCUGCUGUUUGACCUUGGAAUUUUCCAUUUAUUGCUAAGAGGUGAUAUUAAUAUUUCUGGAAAAUCAGUUGAGGAGCUGUGACGUCAGAAAGCCAUUGAAAUACACUAUUGACAAGUUUUGCAGAACAUGUUGAGCCCAUGUUUAUAAAAUGCUAGGAAUGUGCGAAAUAUUUUGGACUAUAAUACCUAACAAGUCUGAAUAAGUCUCAGAGUGUGUAAAUUACUAGGUUAAAACCAAUGUUUAUUAUUACCAUGAGACUCUGGCACCAUGUGCAUAUUCUGCUAGCACAGAAACAUCCCACUGUAUAUAACUGUGGUACCAGCUAAAUCUAUAGUAAGAAUGUAACCCUUUGGAUGCCAAUAAAGUACUAUCAUUCUCUGAAGUUAAAAUACAACUGGACAGGUGGCAUGUUUCCUACACAUUAACCAGCCUGAUAUUGCAUAGAGCCCUGGCGACAAACAAGUAACCCUCCAGAAUUAAGUUGUUGAGCUGAACAUGAGCCAAAUGGAUAUUAGUGAAUGCUUGCAGUGAUAUUUCUCAGGUGUAUACAUGAGAAUUCCACGUCCCGGGCCAACUCACGGUCUACUGAAUAAGCCCUCUUUUGUCUCUCAAAUGGGGAAUCGUUGAGUCAUGUACACACACCACCUGCUCUGGAUCCUGUUCGUACUGCAGCAAUGCAGGUGUUGUAAAGUAUCAAUUUUGCAAUGUCUAUCAGAAAUCAAAAAUGUUUAAACUGUGUCCUAAUUGUUUGUUAGCUUUCCCUUAAGGUAUGUGGAGCUUUGUUAAAAAUGUGGCUUGUUAAUGGAAAGAAUUUUGUUUAAAAUAUGUAUAAUUCAUUUUAAAAUGCAUACCAUUUGCAUGAUAACACUAGUCCAGAAAAAAUGUCUUACUGGGAGAGUUUUCAUUGAUUGAGUCUGAAAUGUAUCCCUGCAUCUAUAUUUUUUUAUAUGGACCCUAUGUUUGAAUUUGUGAGAAUGAUUUGCCUGUUUAAUUAAGGUAUAACUUAAUGAACUGUCUCAUUCUUUGCUAUUACACUAUUUUUUUUAUAUACAUGUUUGUUUAUUUAUAGCUUUACAUCUAGAUUUCCUUUACAGCCUCUUGAAUUCCUACUGAAGCCUUACCAGACCCAUUUUUCUCCCUUUAGCUUUUUUUACUUAUCUCUCCCCACCAGCAUUGUCAAAUGUCUUUACUUGCUCCGCUGACAUUUUAUUAAUAUCUCUCUCCAUUAGCCUCUACCUUGACCCUUUUUGAAUCUUUCUCUCUGUCUAAAUUUCCCCCCUCAUCUUCCAUUCUCGUCUGCCAAUCAUUUCCCCAUUUUCCUCCACCUUCUUACUCUCUAUUUUUGCCAUCUCUAACAUUUUCCCUUAUUUUACAGAUCAAAUAGCACUAGCAAUCUUGUCUCAUUAGAAAUCAUUAUUGUACCAUUUCACUUGCCAGCCUUCGCUGGAACUGUAGGGAAAGUAUGUUAUGUGGGCAAGUGGAAGGGACAAAAGACCAAUGUAGGAUUCUGACCUCUAAGUCACUGCAUUUUCAAGUUACUGUGUGAAGCCUAAUAUUAGAGUCUAAAGUGCAAGAUAAUGCUAUCCAGCUAGUCUGCAAGGUUUACUGUGGUAGGGAGAUUUGCUGGUGCGUAUCCCAACCAGUACAGGAUCCCAAGGCCGGCCAAACCAUGCUGCCUUAGUUGAUAAAUGGUCCAUGUGCUGGUAACAGAAACAAAAAAAAUAACUAAUUUGGACUUCUGCCUUAUUUGAAACCUUUUUAUUUAUUUACCAUCUUUGUUCUUCUAAGCUUACCUUUACCCACAUCCACAGUAUUAUUGGAUUCCUUUACCAUGCUAGCAUUCCAUCUGUAUUGUACUGUACAUUAUAACCUUCAAAUCUCUUGCCCUAGUCCUCAUGCUCUUAUUUGAAAAUAUCAAAUUAGUUUUAUUUAAUCCUGUAUUACAUAUUUUCCAUAGAAGAAUAGAACAUGGUGAUGAAGGCUAUGCAACUGAAAACACUUUGGGAAAUUGACCUCACAUGUCUUGUAAUAUUGUGUAAAGUCUCCUAUUGUAUAUAGGAUAUGAAGAGAAAUACAGUCAUUGCUCUAUUUGUUGUAUCGGAAAUUCAGUUGGUUUCCACAUUUAGAACUUUUCACUACUUUUGCUAUUUCUAAAGAAUGUAUACUAAACGCCUAAUGAAUGAACAUAUGUGCUUCUACGUCUCCCCAAUAGUUACAGGCACGUUUGGAUUUGGCAGAAUCAGUCCUACAAAGGUCCGACCAAGAUCACAGCACAGACCUGAAGAAAACACUUGCUCGACUAGAGGAUGAACAGAAAAGGUACAUCUUGUAGAUUCAAGUUUUCCUUUUUUAGAUUUUUUUCUAGAUUAUUGGAAACCCUUUUCAUACAAAAGAAAAAUCCAUACAUUUUACCUGUAUUUCAGCAACCACCCGGCCACUGUGCUAAAAUCGCUUCUCAUCUGAGAACUUUUCAGUUCUGAUAAAUUUUGUCCAUUUCACUAAAUCCAGUUCUUCUCUGUGAGAAGCAUUAGCAGUAUUCAGCUCUAUCAUGCACUGAAUACUGAAAAUGGACCAGCUCAAGUUAUUACCCAAAUAUCUUCCAGUUUUCUCCCAGGUUGGGGCGUCCCACAGCCCAUCUACACACUCACCCUUUAUAUACCUCAUCAUAAGAUUUAAACCAUGUCCUAUAUUCCCAUUGAGCCCUGCCUACAUUUCCUUCCUCCUUUGCACUGCAAGAACCAGUUGCAUAAAAAAACACUUUUUAAAAUUUGAAUAAUUCUCUUCUUGUUUGGUGGCUUGCUGUGAUGCUGAUAUACAUAUAUUAUAAUUCUUUAGUGUGUCAGAAAUAUCCCCAAGCCUCAGGCCCAAGUUUUCUAUAGAUGUAUUUUGCUACUAUAUAAUAAAAUAGCAAACGAUGUUACAGGAUGAUGGAUAUUCAACAGCAGAUGUUGCUUGCUGGACUUUGAGAGAGUCUUUGUCCAGAAAAUCAAAGAUCUGAGAACAGAAAGCGCGCAUCCUUUGUCCACCAUUCUAUAGCUGUGACUAUAAUGACUUUAGAAGCUAAAACUCUGACCAUAUAAAAACAAAUAGGACCACCAUCUUUUCUCUUGCUAUACACCCGCAUUUUAAAUUUCUCAUGUUACAGAAUAGGAAAUUGCCACCAAUUAGACAUACAUACCUGAUACCUAAUAUGAAUAGGAAUAUAGAAGAUGUAAUAUCCUACACCAAUGUAUUUACAAACUGUUUGUGUAAAUUGUAUGCCCCUAUGAAUGAUCAUUUCAGAGUUAGUAAAUGUGAGUGUUAAACUGCAAACACGGGACAUGAAUUAUUUUACAAAACGUUUUUGUCUCACUAGCUUUAGUGAAUACAUCUUAAUACCUGACGUCUCAUUUCCCUACAGGAGUAGUACUUUGUCCCAAAUGAACCUAACUCUGCGAGAUGAAAUGGACCAGCUAAAAUUAUCCAAUGAGAAACUUGCAGAGGAGCUGAGGACCCUGACUGCUGAUCUCCACAAGGCACACGAUGAGGCAGAAAAACAAGAGAUUGAGUGGAGGAUGGAAAGAGAGGUAAUUAUUACUGUUCCCAGUAUUCCCAUCACUUAAAGGCUUUAUCAUCACAAAUGAAUCUGUCUUACUGACAAUCUAUCUAUUAGUGUUUGCAGAAUUAAUAUUGUUAAAAUUUAAGGUAACUUUAAUAUUUAAGAAUGGUUCAUAGAACUGUUACCCAUUGGCAGGUUAGUUUGCAUGGUAUGCAAAAUGCCACACUACGUCAAUCAAAUGCUGCUCCAUGACUCAAACUGGGUUUUACUUGGUUAGAGCAGACAAAGCCCUCUAGUGGCUGUCAGAAAGUCGUGUUAAACCUGCAACGGCAAUGUUUACAAACAGGGUCACUGUACCCAGACCACUUCGAUAUGAUAACAAGACAUACUGCAUCCAGUGAUAUAUUGGAUAAAUAAAGUAAAAAAACUCAAUAAUGUCUAAGCCAAAUUACCAGUACAUUUAUAUCAUACUGCACAUACAUUACAUACCGAUCCACUCUUGAAAAUUUGAUUGCCUUUUACUGUUUCUUUUCACUCCUCACAGAGUUAUUCCAAAUACAUGACCAAUGAGCACGGCAACAUUAUGACUUUAUGGCAUCAGGCAACAACUCUACGCAAUCAAUUCAAUGAACUGCGGUCUACGGCUGAGAGGUAAGGAAUACUGGAUUCUCACAGGGCAAUGUAUGGAACAGGUCACAGUAAGAAAAAGAUGCUAAGGGGAUAUUAUGUUAUUUACGGCUGAGAGGUAAAGAAUACUGGACUCUCACAGGGCAAUGUAUGGAACAGGUCACAGUAAGAAAAAGAUGCUAAGGGGAUAUUAUGUUAUUUACGGCUGAGAGGUAAAGAAUACUGGACUUUCACAGGGCAAUGUAUGGAACAGGUCACAGUAAGAAAAGGAUGCUCAGGGGAUAUUAUGUUAUUUACGGCUGAGAGGUAAAGAAUACAGGUCACAGUAAGAAAAGGAUGCUAAACAGAUAUUAUGUUGUGAAAUAGAAAUUGAUGAGUACGCCAUAUUGUCACAAGGUGUGGAUGUAGGGAAACGGCUAUUAAAAAGUCUGUUUUGAAUGGAAUCACACGUGACAACACAUAUAAUUUAACCACAGCAAUUUAAGGCAACACCAGCUGUGAAGACACUUAGGUUUCAAUUUAAUAAGCUUUCCAAAUGAUUCAAUACGGUUAGAAAAACUUUCCAAAUGAUUUAUCUACAAAGCUCCCCAUAGACUUUAAUGGUGACUUGGUCAGAUACAUUAUUAGCAAUGUUUUUCUAACAGUAUUGAAUCUUGUUAAAUUGAGACCUUAGUUUGGAUCACACUGUGAAUAGACUCAAAUUGGGUCAUGCUGUGAAUAGACUCUGAAUGGGUCACAGUGUGCGUUGACUCCGAUUGGUCAGACUGUAAAUAGAGUGAGUUUGGAUCAUGAGGCUGGGAAGUGAAUACUGCAAUGGGGCAUUGGCUGAUCGAUGAGAAAACACUGCUGUGGAAUGAUCACAUUGUAAAACAGGUCGAUGGUACUGGUGAUUGCAUGGUGAUAACAUAUUUCCAGUGAAGGAGAUACUUGUUUCAGUCUUAUAUUUAGUCUUUUUCUCCUUUUAUUACUCAGGAGCAUCACUGAGAUCAAGUCAGACAUUUCUCGCAGUUCCCGUCGCAUGCACACAGCAUGUCUGAAUCUGGAUUCCAACUUGCGUCUCUCCCAGAAUGCAGCAGGAGCUUCUCUUCAGACUGCACGCCUUGAGCAGCAGCUCCGAGACAAAGUUCGUCAAAUGAUCCAAAUGCAGAGCCAAUUUGAUGCAGAGAAAGUGGAAUUAAACUCCAGGUACCAAAAUCAUGAUAAGUUUGGGCUUUCAUACAUUUUUUGUUUUGAAUUGCAUUGGGCACAUAUACUAUAUGGACAAAACUACUGUUUUUUAAAAUUUAAUAAUUAAUUGUUUAAUUAUUGAAGUCAAAACCAUUUUGGGGGUUUCGGAAUACCAGCAAGUCAGCCACGAGGAGGACGACCACAUAAAGUCACAGAGCGGGGUCACUGGGUGCUUCAUGGAAUGGGUUUCCAUGGCAGAGCAGUUGCAUGCAAGCCUUACAUCACCAAGUACAAUGCCAAGAGACUGAUCAAGUCGAGUAAAGCAUGCCACCACUGGACUCUGGAGCAGUGGAAACAUGUUCUGUGGAGUGAUGAAUCAGGCUUCUCUAUAAGGCAGUCUAAAUGGCGAGUUUGGUUUUGGCAGAUGCCUGGAGAACGUUAUCAGCCUGACUACAUUGUGCCAGCUGUAAAGUGUGGUGAAGGAGGGAUAAUGAUAUAGGGCUAUUUUUCAGAGGUUGGGCUAGGCCCCUUACUUCCAGUGAAGGAAAUGUUCUUAAUUCUUUAGCAUACCAAGACAUUUUGGACAAUGCUAUGCUUUCAACUUUGUGGGAACAGUUUGGGAAAGGACCUUGUCUGUUCCAACAUGAAUGUGCCCAGUUUUCUGUCCAUAAUGCAAGGUCUAUAAAGGAUGUGUUUGGUGUGGUCUCAAUUCCAUUGAACACAUUUGGGAUGAACUGGAACAGAGAUUACAAGCCAGGCCUUCAAUACUUUAUCCAUAUAGUGCAUCAGGCACGUAAAGCAUGUCAUAUUAAAAAAUCUAUAACUUUGAGCAAGAAUGGGUCCAAUCAAAACUGCCAUGUUUCUUCCAAUGCACUGUAUGAUUAGUACACAUUUAUACUCACCAUAGUCAACCUUUUAUAUGAUUUAUAACUACCCUUAACUGGGUAGUUAUUAAUUGUAUGUAUGUAUGUAUAUAUACAUGGUUGGCAAUAGUCCCUAUUAAAUUAAAGAGUCCACAUAAUAAAACCAGACACAAAUUGUUAGCGUUUAAAUGAGCUAGACCAUGGGGUUUAUUUAAAGCUUAAGGGGCAUAAAUCCAUAUAUCUCAAACAUUAAACAUAUAACAUAACACUUUAAAACCUUUAUAUAACUUUACUUUAUAUAACUGCACUCAGUCGCAGGCCAGCUUUUAUCCCCCACUUCUGUACAGCUACCUGGCUAAUUCUGCCUUGCAACUAAACUUUACUAAACUUUCCGCACAUCCCUAUAGCUAACCUAAACAACAGUUAACCUUAUCAUUGCCACCAUACAUACAGUUGCAAGAAAAAUUAUGUGAACCCUUUGGAAUGAUAUGGAUUUCUGCACAAAUUGGUCAUAAAAUGUGAUCUGAUCAUCAUCUUAGUCACAACAAUAGACAAUCACAAUCUGCUUAAACUAAUAACACACAAAUAAUGAAAUUUUGCCAUGUUUUUAUUGAACACACCAUGUAAACAUUCACAGUGCAGGUGGAAAAGGUAUGUGAACCCCUAGACUAAUGACAUCUCCAAGAGCUAAUUGGAGUGAGAUGUCAGCCAACUGGAGUCCAAUCAAUGAUAUGAGAUUGGAGGUGUUGGUUACAGCUGCCCUGCCCUAUAAAAAACACACACAAGUUCUGGGUUUGCUUUUCACAAGAAGCAUUGCCUGAUGUGAAUGAUGCCUCACACAAAGGAGUUCUCAGAAGACCUACGAUUAAGAAUUGUUGACUUGCAUAAAGCUGGAAAGGGUUAUAAAAGUAUCUCCAAAAGCCUUGCUAUUCAUCAGUCCGCGGUAAGACAAAUUGUCUAUAAAUGGAGAAAGUUCAGCACUGCUGCUACUCUCCCUAGGAGUAGCCGUCCUGUAAAGAUGACUGCAAGAGCACAGCGCAGACUGCUCAAUGAGGUGAAGAAGAAUCCUAUAGUGUCAGUUAAAGACUUACAAAAGUUACUGGCAAAUGCUAACAUCCCUGUUAGCGAAUCUACAAUACGUAAAACACUAAACAAGAAUGGAUUUCAUGGGAGGAUACCACAGAGGAAGCCACUGCUGUCCAAACAAAACAUUGCUGCAUGUUUAUAGUUUGCACAAGAGCACCAGGAUGUUCCACAGCAUUACUGGCAAAAUAUUCUGUGGACAGAUGAAACCAAAGUUAAGUUGUUUAGAAGAAACACACAACACUAUGUGUGGCGAAAAAAAGGCACAGCACACCAACAUUAAAACCUCAUCCCAACUGUGAAGUAUGGUGGUGGGUGCAUCAUGGUUUGGGGCUGCUUUGCUGCUUCAGGGCCUGGAUGGAUUGCUAUCAUCGAAGGAAAAAUGAAUUCCCAAGUUUAUCAAGACAUUUUGCAGGAGAACUUAAGGCCAUCUGUCUACCAGCUGAAGCUCAACAGAAGAUGGGUGUUGCAACAGGACAAUGACCCAAAGCAUAGAAGUAAAUCAACAACAGAAUGGCUUAAACAGAAGAAAAUAUGCCUUCUGAAGUGGCCCAGUCAGAGUCCUGACCUCAACCCGAUUGAGAUGCUGUGGCAUGACCUCAAGAAAGCGAUUCACACCAGACAUCCCAAGAAUAUUGCUGAACUGAAACAGUUCUGUAAAGAGGAAUGGUCAAGAAUUACUCCUGACUGUUGUGCACGUCUGAUCUGCAACUACAGGAAACGUUUGGUUGAAGUUAUUGCUGCCAAAGGAGGUUCAACCAGUUAUUAAAUCCAAGGGUUCACAUACUUUUUCCACCUGCACUGUGAAUGUUUACAUGGUGUGUUCAAUAAAAACAUGGCAACAUUUCAUUCUUUGUGUGUUAUUAGUUUAAGCAGACUGUGAUUGUCUAUUGUUGUGACUUAGAUGAUGAUCAGAUCACAUUUUAUGACCAAUUUGUGCAGAAAUCCAUAUCAUUCCAAAGGGUUCACAUACUUUUUCUUGCAACUGUAUAUGCCUCAGAGCUUAGUGCCUAUGGCAUUUAUAUAUAUAAUAAUUCUGCCCCAGAAUUUAUCUUAGCUGUCAUUGGUGUUGCCAGAAGCACUUUGAUCAUUAAUAAAAACAUAUCCUUAACUCUAUAAUCAGAAAACAUCUUGUGGAGUAGGAGUUGGUAAUCCUGUCUAAGUAAAUGCGGAAUGCAUUGGCACACUUCUCAGGAUCAAUGGAUCUCUUUGUCUCACAGUCUGUUUGCUUUAGAAAACUCUAAAUGAAAGAGGCUAAUUAGCAUUGUGUGCUGUAUGAGAGUGAUUAAUUUUCAAAAAAGGACUUUAUACAUCACAUAUAUUUAUUUUGUGUGUAAGCCCAAGCACCUUAGUCAGAGUAGGGUAAUACCGUCUUAGAAAAGCUUGUAUUGUUCUGUCAAAUGCACAAAAUAUUUGCAAGCAUUAUAAACUGGUCCAUGUGCAAUUCAAUAGUUCAGAUUCUAACUUAGCCCCAGAAUACACUGUUUGGUGGGGGCCCAGAUCUCUCUUUCCUACUUGGUGGAGUUUAUUAUGUAUUAGUUUAUUACAGAUCUCCACAGCAAAAAACACUACUGUAAUGUACAGGUGCAUAUACAAAUUUAGGAUUCACAAUAAAUUGUAUGAGUUUAUCAAUGAGCUUCUCUGAAAUAAACCUUACAAUAAUGUGCUGAGCACAUGACUUUGUCAUAGAGCUUAACAUCGUUAAUCCUCGCAGUAAUGUAUAAAUGUGUCACAGAAUAGUAUAUCAGUUAAACUUAAAGUUUCAUGCGUUUAAGUGUACUUCAGGGUAUGUCAUAUAAAUGAAACUCACAGUAAUUUGUAUAAGUGUAGUCGCAGAACUCAAAAGUAAUAACCAAUGUACAAAUAAAUUUAUUUUUUUUAAUUUUUUUAAUGUUUAUAUGUAUGCAAUGUCUUUUAUAUUACGGAUGCAUUGACAAACUAUGGAUAUUAAAUGAAAUUUUACUUAUGUGAUUUAUGUUAGUAUUGAAAAUUAAAAUAAAAGAUAUAUAGAAAAAAAGAAAAGUAAUAACCAAUGUUUGGUGUAUGUCAGGGCCAGUCCUAUGCUACUUGACCUGCCUAAAAUGUACUCACCACAAGGGUCCAUGGCACAUGCAUCUGGGUGAAUUUCUACUUGCCAUACCUGAUUUUUUACUCCCCACCUAAAAUGUUCAAUCAUUUUGUAAAUUUUGUUUUUAAAUUCAUCUUUCUUUCUUCCCUAUGUUUCCGUAUGCUUUUAUUUUAUUUUAUUUAUUUAUUUUUUAUUCACCUUAGUUUUGUUUAGUUAUAUAUAUAAAAAAGUGAAUUAUGUCAAAACAAACCGAUUAUGAUGUAAAUACCAUGAACACAUUUUUUUCCUUUUAUUAUUAGUAUUUAUUGUACAAUCUGAAGGUCGGGCCUAGUAAUUACUAACCUUAAAGGACCACUAUAGUGCCAGGAAAACAUACUCGUUUUCCUGGCACUAUAGUUCCCUGAGGGUGCCCCCACCCUCAGGGCCCCCUCCCAUGGUGCUGAAGGGGUUUAACUUACCUCUCCUGCGCUGGGCGGGGAGCUAUCCUCCCUCUUCUCCUCCUCUUCGGCUGAAUGCGCAUUGAGAAGCAGUGAGAAGCACGCAAGCGCCUCUAGCGGCUGUCAAGAGACAGCCACUAGAGACUGGAUUAACCCUAAUAUAAACAUAGCAGUUUCUCUGAAACUGCUAUGUUUAUAGAAAAAAGGGUUAAACCUAGCUGGACCUGGCACCCAGACCACUUCAUUAAGCUGAAGUGGUCUGGGUGCCUAUAGUGGUCCUUUAAUAUCUCAUAUGUUUAUGAUACAAAUUAAUAGUGAGUGUGUAUGCCUCUUACUGUAAGUACAACCUGUGUUUAUGCUAGCCUAGGUUUGGUAGCUGGAAUGGAAGCACAUGAAAGACAGAACAAUACUUGCAUUUUAACAUAUCUUCUGCACAGUUGACCCCUAAAAAAUAUUUUAGUAGUAACUGUAGUAGAAGUAACUGAUAAAUCUAGGCUCUUUGUAUUAUUAAACUACCACUUACAAUGCAGCUUUUCCAAAUCACUACUAAAGAUAUGGAGGGUCCUUUCUUUAGAAAAUACAGAUUCAGGAACAGCGCACACACACACACACACACACACAACAAUUAAAACACAGUUUUAAAUUUUACAAGACUACUUAAAACCACUUAUAUUAGCAACCAAAUAUUGGGAUUCAUUUACACCCUAUAGCUAUAUUGUGUUAAGCUCACCACUACGCCACAGUACCCCUAUUUCAGUGUGUCCUACACUCAUUUUAACAUGGGAGAUUAACAUGCUAACUGCAAUAGUUACUGAUUUAACUGCUUCCAGAGACUCCUUAAUUUAUGCAGCUGGGUAGCAUUGAUUUCUUAUGGUGGCAUCACGAAAAGGGGCAGGUGUUUUCAUUCUCAAUUGUAUAACAUCUUUCCAAUUCUAAUUAUUAUGUUACUUGUAGUUAAAGAUAAUAUUUUAAAAUAAUACUUUACAGUGAGGGCAAUGUUUGAAUAGCAUAGCCUCUCAGCCAUGUGAUAUGAACCAGUAGGAAAAACAAAAAAUACAUUUGGUAUCGGAAAAAGACAAUGAUUCUCAAAAGAAACAUUUAUUUAUAUAUAUAAUUUUGAAAAUAUUUUUUUGUGAAAGCUGCGAAUUCCAAAUAACAUUUAUGUAUGGUAUGUACAUAUAAUGAAGUAACUGUGUAACUUUAAAAAAAAUAUACUUUGUCACAUAGCACUUCUCAAAGAACGCCAGUGUGAAGUUGGCAGGCAAUUUUGACCAUGUUUCAAAAAUAUCUUUGGCGCCCGUUUACCAAUUAAAUCAAUACAUACUUGCCACAAUACUGCAUGUCUCCUUGCCAAGCAAACCUAUUUGUCUGUCACAUUUAAUCCUAAAUACUUACUACUUUCAGGCCCAAACCACCAGAGUUCCCUUUCACAUAUUCUCUACCCAGGAUUAAGACAUUUAAUUGAGGUAUAAAACAAUAUCAAAUUUGACCCUUAAUUAUAUUAACUCUUAAUGACAGGUUGCUUUGUAUAUACAGGACCAGAGUCCCAUGUAUUUGCCAAGCAUUUGCUUAAGCUCAGAUUAUAUUAUUAAUAUUUUAUGGUACACACAUGCACGUUUUAUUUUUAAUCCUUUGAUAGAACAAAAGUUUAUGGUUUAUGGAAAAUUAAUAGAUUUAUGGAAAAUAAAACAACUCUGCAACAUUAGAAAAAUAUGUAAGAAUUAUUUGUUUGAUUUUUGGCAAUUACAAAAUACCCUUAUAAAAUGAACACAUUGCAGUUUUUGCAUUUCUUAGAUUGUUAUAUUUUGAGUAAUAUACUGUGACCUGGGUAUCACAGAGGCAAAUGGGCAAUGCCCACAAGAAUGAAGGAUCCAGUAUUCCAAAUGCUUUAGGUACCAGACCAUCGUACAAUUUAGAGCAUGGAAAGUUACAACAAUUUUGACCAGCUAGAUCCCGUCUCCCCUCUCUCCCGUCUCCCCUCUCUCCCUGUCUGUUCCAUCUUAUUUGCCUCUUGUAAUGGUUUGUUUAUAUUUUCCAUUAUCCCAAGAUAUGUUUCUUCCUGUUAUCCACAAGUUAUGCCUUUUAUUCAGGUUUAAACACAUAUCUUGAGUCUACAUUAUAAUGCCAGCAUCCUUGUGCUUAUGGCUUCUCUUAAACUAAAAGAAUAUUCCCAUCACCUACAUUUCAUCUUAUAACGCUAAUGUUCUGGUUAUAUGACGCAUUAGGGACCAUUAAUUCUGCCGUGCCAACAUGUAUCUGUAAUUUGAGCUUGUACAUCACAUUGUACAGUAAAUACUAAAACAAACAUUGGUGUUUAUAAUAUUUCCAUCAUAAUAAGUUUGUUUGACUUCAUCAAACUGUGUAUGUCAGAGCAGUGCCAGCUAUUUCUCUUAGAUAAAGAAAACAGUAGUGGGACAUGUCUAGUUUAAGGCAUAUCUUAGAAGUCUUAUGUUUUAUACAUUUGAACAUGAUUUCUUGUAAAUGUUACUAACCAUUGUUCAUCAGCUAUCUGAAGAUAUUUGUCCUUAAACAGACACUAUAGUCACCAGAACAACUACAGCUUAUUGUAUUUGUUUUGGUGAGUAUAAUCAUUACCUUCAGGUUUUUUUCAGUAAACGCUGUCUUUUCAGAGAAAACACAGUGUUUACAACACAGCCUAUGGAUACCUCCACUGGGCACUCCUCAUAUAGCUAAUAGAGUUGCUUCCUGGGACGUGCAGCACUGCCAUUCAGUGUCUCCACUCUCUGCAUGGAGACAAUGCACUUUCCUCAUAGAGAUUCAUUGAAAUCAAUGCAUCUCAAUGAGGAGAUGCUGAUUUGUGCUGACUCUGCCAAUGCUUUACUAUGUGAUUGGCUGAGACACUCACUUCUGGUGAUGUCAGCCAAGCAGGCAGAUCAGAGUCAGGGCCAGCAGCAGCAGACUGGAAAAAAUGUAAAAUGUUACUAUAUUUAGGGGGAGGAGGGGACUAGGUGGUGUUUUUAAUACUACAGUGUCAGGAAUACAUAUUUGUGUUUUUGACCCUACAGUGUUCCUUUAAUUAUAUGGUCAAAAUGCCCUGCAUGUUUUCUUAGUGGAUGGAAAAGUAACCACAAAGAAACCUGAAAAUAAUAUGACUAACAAAACUUUGUUUAUGUAAAAAAUAUUUAUGGAAAAAUAUGUUUGCAAAUUAAGGUGAGAAUCUGAAAAUAAUUUAAGACUGAAUCUAACUCUAAGCAAUUCAACAUUUGAUAUUGUUAAAUACCCUCUAUUGUUGGGUAAGUGGAACACUUGGAUGAAUUAUUAGACCUCUUUAAUAAAUACUACUACAUUCUCUUCUUGAAUUUUAUCUAAACAUUGACAGUACGUGAACAUAUCUCAUAUCUCCUCUCUCUAUUCACACCUCCAAGGUGAACCUGAUAAGGUUUUGAUGCCUUUCCUUGUAAUUUAUGUUAGGAACAAUUUUUAUCACGUUGGUACCCCAUUUUUUUAAUCUCUCUAAAUUCCAUCCUUUUAAUCUCUCUAAAUUGCUAAUGUCCCCUGGAAGCUUUGGUCUUCAGAAAUUGGAUCAGCAUUCUGUGUAUGGCUUAUGAAGGAACAAGAGCUUGUCUUUUUUCUGUACUAUACAAACUAUCCUACAGUAGUUCCCACUCCAGUGGAAACCAGAAGAUAAUAGUCAUUAUUUGACCAGAAAUCCAUUGUAGCUAGCUUUUCAUUAUCUUCAUUCUCCAGUGAUUAUCAGAAAAGCCUUUUUCUCUGUGCUAUACAAACUAUCCUACAGUCUUGACCACUCCAGCGGAAGCCAGAAGAUAGCAUUCUAUUCGUUAUUUGGCUAUAAAUCUAUUGUAGCCAGCCCUUCAUUAUUUAAUGAGUAUCUGAAAAUCAUUGGAGUUGUGGAAAAGCCAGAAAAAUGACAGUCACACCAAAGUCAAAUAGAACCACUUUAUUUUCUUGUGUAUCACUUGUUUCACCUGGUGCAACAUCUAAUGUAUAUAGCUACACUGCAUUUAGGAAUCAGUGCAGGCCAAUAGUUAAAUUUCCCCUAGAAAAUAUCAAGUUUCUCUUAUAAUAUUAUCUGCCUUUAAAGUAUGUAGCACUUAACACCAUGUUGGGAUGUGUUAAUCCCCAGCAGGCCUUGGCUAAUAACCCCCUUAAUAUAGUCUGGCGCCCAAUAAAAUUGUUACUAUAUCUUAAGUGCCAGCACACCAGAGCCCUCAGGAGGUAAUAAGCGUGUCAUUGCUUAAAAUGCUUAGUUUUGGCGAUGGCUAAUCUUGAUCAUGUGAGUUCCGUGCACAAGAGGAAAGCUGCGGAAGCAAGUAAUGAUCCAAUGUCAAAUUUUCUCUUAUGCUUAAAAAUGUAAAUAUAAUUUUACCAGGUUGAAAAAAAAAAGCUGGCAGGUUAAUGAAUGUAAGGAUCCUGUCAUGUCUGGCUUCUCUGCAGAAAUCUCAACAUCUCUCUAAUAGUCUCCCAUUUACUCACAGGAUCAACGAACUUUCUGUGCAGGUGGAGAAAUUGAAGGGAGAAAACAGUAAGAUGGAGAAGGAGAAGCAUAAGCUGGUGAGUCAGUGGCUCUGUUAGGCAUAGAUUGGUCACGUGACCAGCAGUCAGUAUGGGAACAUUCACAUGAUCUUCUUUGCUAAAUGUCUGCAAGGUAUCAGCAGUAAUGUGACAUGGAUAUGGCAUGGUAAUAUGUACCUACAUGAAACAAAUUGUAUAUUCAUUCAGUAAUCUGCAAUAUUAGGUUUGGAACUCAGGGGCAUCAAAAAAGUAUAUAAUAUCUUUAAUUUUUACAAAAAGUUGGAUUAUUUUCGUCUUUUUCUAAUCUGUAAUCUAGUAGACUUGUCAGAUAAAGAACAUGCAUUUUUUGAUGAUGGGCAGGUAAAGGGUUCUGAUACUUGCUUCAAGUCAUGCUAAUAGUACAGUAAUUGGCACUUAAAAACUGGCAACGCAUUUGAGGCAAAAUUGUAUUCCUGCCUGGUUAAUCCAUAAACAAAGCGUGUUGUAUAAACGCUGACAUUUUGCAGGAUAUCACACAGAUAGUUAUUGAUCAUAGCAACGUAAAAAACAUCACACAAUGCAAUCUACAGAAACAGAAAACCAAAUUAUAAAAAAAAAAUUUUAUGUCAAUACAUGGUACAGAGCUUAAACUGAUUGCCAAUAUUCAUUGUGUCAUAGUAUUUUGUUUAAUGUAUGUACCACCAAGCUACACGAUAACAAGCUUAGCCAACUGAAAUAAAAUGCCUUCUAAUACUUUAAAGCAGAAAAUGAGAACUCCACCUUAGUAAGAUUCCCACAUGACUUUAGCGCCAUGGAUCCCUUUUUGCUCUACAGGACAGCAGGCUUGUCCAUUUUGAAGCACUGCAGCAGUAUAAAGACUUGUGAAAAAUAAAUUGGCCAAAGCUGUCUAUAUAUACUGACACUAGCUAGGCUAUGGAGUGGCUAGAGACAUCAUCAGACAUUGAGACACUCUGAUAGACCACAACAUUUAAAGACACACUUCAUUGCUCAAAUCUGAAAUAAAUAAAAAAUCACUGUUUAGUAGAUAUACCCCGAAUUAAAACCUGCAUGCGUUUAAUCAGACAAUCAGACAUUUUUUUUAUUGUGGGUAUAUCUAAAAACAGCUUUUAAAAGUAACUGUUCUCUUAUCUGCUGCCUUUGCAAACCCUCCCCUCCUAACCCACACCAGGCUUUCUGUGGCUGUCCAAUCACAGACUUCCCAGUGCAGCUCAAUGAAAGGUGCCCAGAGCAAUUUCUGUCUAUUGAGUUUAGCACUAUUUAACAAACUGGAAGUAACAAGACCGGUUGUCUGAUUGACAGCCAGGGGGUGUAACAAGGUUAAUUUAUAAAAAUGCUCAUUUCUAUUGAAUCAGCUAUUUAUUGUAAAAUGAAAAGGUGAGGACACACUCUUCACACACAAAUCAUUUAAGCAAGCUAAAGUACUCUAGGGGUUUGGAGUGUCCCUUUAAGGAAACAUGAACUACUUAAAGUGAACACUUGAAGGUGUUGAUCCUAAAUGGUAAUAGACAUAAUACUGCUCAUGAGCAUUACGGAGGAGGGGCAUCAUAAACAGUUAGUCUUAUUGCCCAUACUACUCUAACAAUAAAAAUCCCACCCUCCUGACCCAUCUUUUCAUAAGUACUCAGAAUCCUCUGGUUAGAGUUUUAAGCAAAUACAAUGCAAUUUUUGAGAUUUAACUUCUAACAAUAUCCUUAUUGAAUUCAUUUUUCAAAGUGGUCAUAAGCAUACUGAAAAUCAACUAGCAGGCUUUUCUUUUCAAUAAUCACUCACUGAUAGUUAAUAACUUUAAGGAACAUGUUUAUCUGGAUCCUUUAUUUCACUCUGGCAGCCUGUGUGCUAUUAAAACAACUACAUACAAUUGUAUUAAAAACUGUUUUUUAUUAAGGAAAGUUAAAAGAGACGAUGGUCAUUUUAUUGUGUACUACCUCACUAUUCCUGAACGCCUGUCUUUAUAUUAAUUAUACUGCCAACUCUUACUGCUUUUAUGUACAGCAAAAUCCUUCAUUUUACACUAGAGGGCACAAUACUGGAUUACUUAAUAACAAACCUGUGCACACAACUCUAUGUAACUAAGGUUGCGCACUAUUGUAAUGCAAUACCUAAUAUACACUGGAAGGUAUGCAUAAAAUAAGCACAGAAAUCUACUUAAAGCAAAGAGUAACAUUUAUAACAAAGCAUUUACUGCUACUCCGCUUGGCUUCUUGUCAUUCUUUGUCCUUGCAUUCAGCAGUCAAGCAGUUAAUUUCAAACACGUAGAUGCUUGUGUAUUAAUAUAAGAACAUGUUUAAUAUAUAUGGAGUGAUAAUACCUGGCAUUUUUAUAUCAGACUAUUAAACAUCACCCUGUCAAAUGUCUCCUGGUGUUUUAUGGUCCCAGAGAAGGUGCUGAAAGAUCUAUUUAUCCAUUAACCCAAACAAUGAUGCUGUACAGUCACAUAAUGAGACGUAACCUGGACAUAAUAUUUCCAAUGGAGUUCUGUGAAGGAUACCCGUGGGAAGGGUCCUACGGAGAGAGAGCAAGUUUUUAUGUAAAGCGAUUAGUUUACUCGGCUGAUUUGUAUAUGGCUGAAAUAGCUGGUCUCACCUUCCCCGAUUACACACCUGGGAUUUCUGUCACUUGCAGACACUUAAUAAAACAGCUAUAAAUCUGAUGAAAUGAUUUGCUGUGUAAGAUUAGGUCACUAUAAUUGCCAUCAGAUGAAGCCUUGUGUGAUCCAUAGCCAGUUUAAUUGCAGGACUUAGCUUUCGUGAACUGCUCACUAGGCGUCAGAUGCCAAUCUAACGAUUCGAUCACAGUGGGUCUUAGCUGCAAAAAAUAAAAACACAAGUAUGCAAGUGAGGUAACUGUUGAAUACCCAUUUAUUUAGCAUACGUUCUCAGAAUUGGCUAAUUCUCUAGUCUUGGCUGAUUGUAUGCUUAUUGACUAAGACUCUUGAGUUUUCCUGUUUAUGACAGUCGAACCUGAAAAAAUAAAGCAAAUUUGACAGCUGAAUCUUAUCUGGCACAGUGGACCAGCCAUGGCUAAUCUUUGUUAUAGAAGUUGUUUUAUGAACUACAGUAACCAUAAUUCUCAGCAAAUAUCCCAUAAUGCUCAGCAAACCUAAACAGAAACUGAACACAGAUUAUGUUUGUGUAUUUCCAAUAUAUGUUCAGUAAAUGCUUGGCUCAACAUUAUGAGAAAUGUAGAUCAUAAACAUCUGCAAAGCCAAGACUGUCAUUGCCUCUCAGCUUAAAAACAAAACCCGCUCUAGAACAAGAAUUACGUUCACUUACAGUACGUCUGCUUGUGAGUUACCUGUAUAAUUUCUGUUUUUAGAUGCGGGUGAGCACAUAUUACUUAUUCAUUGUAUGGUUUUGUUUUUUAUUGAAAGUUAUAUAAAUAAUAAACAGUACCUGCUAUACAGUGCUGUUGUUACAACAGUAAUCUCCAAGAAAUAUAAUGAAAAACUAAGCAUCAAAAAAGGAAAGGAAAAGGGGGGAUAUGGGUAAAUUUCUCCUAUGUGGGGGAUAACCCCUAGUGAACAACUUCACCAAAAAUACAAAACUAAAGAGAAAAAAAGAAGGAGAAGGAUAGGACAAACGUAUCUAAAUAGUCCUAAUAGAGUGGAUUUCCCUCUAACAAGAGGGACAUUGCAUGGGGAAAAUAUUAUGCCUAAUAACUAAUUCCCAAAAUAAAACUUAGCUUUUAAUAACAACUAACUAAAAACACAGAUAACGGUUGGUACAAUUACCCACCUAGACAGCUAUGUGUAUAUAUAGCCGAAAACCGGCAACUACAGGAGUAGUCUAGAGAUGAUCUCACGCUGAACUUCUAACAUAAGAUGACAGAGCGUUCAGAGAAAAUAAAUUGUGAAAUAAAUUAACAGACCAUUCUUGAUACUUUGUUGUGCAAAUAAGUUAGCAACAGAGUAUCAGAUAUGAGUCUAAUCAGUCCUCCCAGGAUACGGUCUGAUAUCUAGGAGAAAUACUGUCAGUGUAUUUAGACAAAAAUAAUCGAUUCCCAAUAGAUUUAGGUCACUUAUUCUGGUAAGGACUACAGGAUCGUUAGUAUUCUGAAGAGCUUUGAGUGGCGGAACGCGCCUCUAUUAGGACUAUUUAGAUAAGUUUCUCCUAUCCUUCUCUUUCUUUUUUUCUCUUUAGUUUUGUGAAAAACUAAGCAGUUUAAAAAUUUAGACCAAACUAUCUGAUUUUGAAAGAAAAUUCCAACUUGGCUACAGUCAUGGCUUGGUUAUUCUAGCCUCAAUUUUGCAAUUCUGUUUUCAGUUCACUACCCUCACUUUGUAAUAAAUAAAUCCUCAUGUCUUGCCGUCGAGAUCAGUCUAGCAGGUAAAUGUAUAUAAAUUCAGGCACUCGCUACUGAUUGGUCAUAUUAUCUGUAGUGAAUUCACCUCCCCUCUCCACCCCCAUUUUCCCCAAAAAGUAAGCAUUGCAGUAAAACUAAUAAGAUUAUUCUUAUAAUAGCCCAUUGUUAGUCGCCAAAACAACUUUAGCUUAAUGCAACAGUUUUUGUAUAUAGAUCAUGCCCCUGUUGUCUCACUACUCAAUUCUCUGCCAUUUAGGAGUUAAAUCACUUUGUUUAUGCACUCUAGUCAUACCUCCCUGCAUGUGACUCGCACAGCCUUCCUAAAUACUUCCUGUAAAGAGUCGUCUAAUGUGUAUACUUCCUUUAUUGCAAAUCCUGUAUAAUUUAGAAUUUCUUAUCUCUUGCACUGUUAAUAGUUUGCAGGACCCUGCAGGUGCCUCUUGUAUGUGAUUAAAGUUUUAAAUUUAGAGCACAGGACAUAAAAACUUUUAAAGUACGUAACAUGUGACUGAAAGUGAAACCAUUUUUCAUGCAUGCUGUCUGAGUCACAGCCAGGGGAGGUGUGGCUAGGGCUGCAUGUACAGAAACAAAAGUGAUUUAACUCCUAAAUGGCAGUGGAUUGAGUAGUGAAACUUCAUAGGCAUGAUCUAUAGACCAAAACUGCUUAAUUAAGCUAAAGUUGUUUUGGUGACUUUAGUGUCCUUUUAAUUCCUCUUAAAGUAAUUAAUAAAAAAAAACAAAAAACAAUCUGUCUACAAUUUUAAAAAAAGCUUAAAAAUGGCCCCCAAAGCAUAUUGUCCAUGAUAACUUCCUCAGAACAUAAAACAGAAUAUAGCUAUUUGCAAUUUAUAUCUGGUUGAAAUUAAAUAAAACAAUAGCUUAGUCUAUAAAUCGUAUAUUAUAAAUCCAUUCAGUACAUCCAAAUUGAUGGGGUAAUGAAAAGGAUACUGCCAUAGCUCUCAUUUCUAUGACAAGGACACUAAAUCGAUUUACUGCAAAAUUCUCACUAAUUCACUACAAUAAUGAACCCCAUAUCAGUUCUAGAUCCUCUAUAUUGUCAUAGUUCACAAACAAAACUGUACCUAAACUUUUACCAGUAUAAAAUACCAUUGUCAGGAAGCAGGAUACAUGCAUUGGAUUAUAGUAUGAUUUUCUGUAAAAGGGAGGACAUAGGAACAAAUGUUUAAGUUCUCCAAGAGCCUGCAGCUCUCUCUCUUCCUCCCUUAGCAUUGACCUAGUUCAGGUCAGUGAAGCAGAGGAAUCCAGUUAAGUUCAGUUGUCAGAUUCAAGAGAGUUGCGUCACUGUUUAUUCUUUUGCUUGUUUGUCACAGGUUGUCACAAGUUUUCAACCUUGAUCAUGCAGUUUAAUGUAAAUUUGGCUAGUUUUAUGUGGGAUCCACAAGACACACUUCAAGGCAUAUGCUAUUAAAAAGCAAGCUGAUGAAAACAAUAUAUUGAGGUUAAAGUGUAAAAUAUGUCGAAAUGUCAAUAAUGAAGCAGAGUACAGAAUCCUCAUUUGGAGGCCUUUUCAGCCCCUGGCAUGCAAAUCAGUAGGGAAAGUAGGGCAUAUCAACAUAAUAAGGGGUUCUAUUUACAAAUCGUUCUUACUGUUGGUUAUUGUUGCAGCUGUUUUUCUUCACUGAACAUCUGUGGAAUGAUUCCCAUUGCUUCACUUCAUAAAAAGAAAAACAUAAAGUUCUAGUAAAGACAGAAAAGUGGACCAAUUAUGCUUGUUACUUUAAUUUAUAAAGCCUGUCCCUUUUAUCUGUAGGAGAACAGUGGAUGUGACACUUUCCAGGAGCUGGAAGGUGUACGAGAAGAAUGUGAAUCCCUGCAGCAAGUCUUGAAUGCUAUCACUCAGGUACCUAACUAAACAAUGUGACAUAGAACUAAAUACUGAUCAAAUGCCAUGUAUACUUAAAUAACCCAUAAUACUUCUCAUGUCUGUGCAUAUCCACCUCCCCUCCCCCAAAAAAAAAAAUCUCCAUGAAAAUUCUAUUUAGUGCAGGUUUAAAAAAGUUCUGAAAGGAGUUUAAUAACCCAACUUGCUUACCAUCAAUAAUCAUAAAUGGCUGGCAAAGGAGAUCAGUUAUAAUAGCCAACAUUCUUAUUGUCCUCAGCCAACCGCGGCUGCACUCAAAACAGUCACACUGAAGGAAGUUUGUACACAGAAUUAUUAAACGACAACUUUAUUCAACUAUAUAAAUACAAUUACAAACAGGUGUGAAUACCAUUUAUAUGGCGUGAGGGCUGGACCUCUAACAUAUCGUUUGUGCGUUUUAAACAACUAAACAGUUAAAUCAGCCCAGGUGGCUCACUGACAUGUACGUUGUGUUAAUUUGUUAGUUACAUAGUUUGUGUUACUUGAGUAAAAUUGAAUUUAAAUAUUUCUGUAUAUUGUGUUUAUUCUUUGAAAUUGUUUUGACAUGGGGAGUAACGGUCACCUUGUGGCUGUGGAUAAUAAAAGGUUGCAUACCUUGCAGGACUUGCAAACAUAUUUUCUUGGGUGAUUUGGCUUGGUCCAACCUAUAGUACAUGAUGUUCAUGUUAAGCUCAGUUUAAGACCCAUAACUUCAAAUAAAUCCCACCAAUAUGUACAAAUCAUAAUACAUUUCUUUGUUCAACUGUUUACCACUAAUUAUUUAUAGGAUAUAGAGGUUUUCCUGACCGUUUUGAAAAAUGAAAAUAAAAUGUAGAAACCCUGGCCAGCUUGUCACCCAUUGGAAAUAGAAUUUUAAAAUAAAAAUCGAAGCAAUGAAACCCAAAGAAACCCAAAGAAAUGUAGUUGUCUUCUUAGUCUUAAAUCUUUAAUUGAGUUGCUGCACAAAGACGUUCAUCCACCAUAAAGCCUAAAAUAGACAAAAAAAAAGGUCUUCUUAUGCAUGCAUGUAUAUGAGUUUUAAUCCAGUCGGUCACAAUAUACCAGCUUAUUUCACAGAGUUUUCCAAGUUCAAAAUCUCUGCAAAUUUCAGCAGGUUAUUCAAAUCAGGAAGCCUUUACAGAGGCACUUGCAGAUGUUCCUUACCAUGGAAACAUACAUUUUUGUUUUAAAUUGGAUUCAUUAUAUUCUUACUGCAUAUGCAGGACCUCUAGUAAGGCUGUAAGAGUGACUUACAUGUUUAAUACAAUCUAAACCUUGCAACUCAUAUGAGACCAGAAUCUCAAAUAGCUAAUCAUCAUAAAUUGGCUUUAACCCUUAACUUUAUAUCCCUUAUACAUUGUUCUGAGUCUGCUCAAUUUCCUUCAUUACACCGUAAUAUCCCUUUUUGUUGUCCUUGUGAUUUUCACAGAUGUGUCAAGCAGUUGGUCAUGCAGAAACAAAAUGUUUGGAAAGUUCUGGAGCACCAGCUUUUGAUGGCGUUAAACAGGCUCUGUUCACAUCUCCAUCUCACAGAAGAUCUCCCACCCCUGUGCGUUCUCCUCUUAGACGAGAUGCACCCCUAAAAAUUGUGCAAAGCAUUCUGCAGAGACAGCAGCAGACAGAGAAGGUAAGGAGCCAGCAGAAGCUCGGUUAUGAAGAAGAAGAUUCAGAAUCUAGAGUAUGCAGAAGAAUGAUCAGAAAUUAGAUCACGUUCAACCACUAGCAUUGUCUCUAUCUCUCACUGGCUGAGAAUACAGGGCACUAUUUGCAAACACAGUUGAUGCAUUGAAAUCUGUGUAUUUCAAGAGCAUUAAAACAUUUUAACUUGGUUCUCAAAUACCACUCAUCUGAAAACACAGCCAUAAUAAUUGUAAUGCAUACUGCCACUGCAAACACACAUAUACAGUUAUAGAUGCCUAUCAUUCACUUCAUGUUCUUGUUUAGGAUCUCCGAUCCGAGCUCAGUAAUGUUCAAGAAUCUUUGGAGUCUACCAAGAAGCAGCUUCUAGAGAAUGUUCAGGAGUUUGAGAGGCAAAGACGAGACCUGAAGAGAGAGAAGGAUGAGCUCUGCUGCAUUCUGGAGGGGGUGAAACAAGAGUGUCAGAGAUGUCAAGUCAGCCUUGAAGCUCUGAACAGGUACCAAAGAGAACCAUCUUAUAUAAUCACUUAGUAGUGCUUCAUGAAUUUAACAAUUACUGUAAAAUGUGUUAUAGUGUUUUGUAUUUGCUUUCUUUUUUUGGGUCGGUGAUGGUUUUUGUUUUUUUAACCUCGAUAUAUCCCCUCAAUUUAUACUGAUUUUGAAUUACUAAUCCCAUGAAUAUCUGCACACAUUUGUAGAUUUUGCAAAUGUUAUCUGAUACAAAUACAUGUUCUUGCCAAUGAAAAUUACUGUAAAUGUGCCAAAAGCUAGCUAUCAUGAUCCCCCUGUACUUGAAUAGGGUAUUUUUGCUUUAAGGUUAACUGAAAACUCAGUAUAUAAUCCUAUCAAUAUAAUCCUAUCAAUUUCAGUAUUCAUGAACUUAAAGGGACACUAUGGUCACCCAGACCACUCGUCUCAAUUAAGUUUGGAUGCAGUGGAUCCUUUUAGCCUUGCAAUUUAAAACAUUUCAGUUUUAAGGUUAAGUCCAUCUCUAAUGGCUGACAUCCAACCUGCAUCAUUCUGGCAUCAUGUCUGAUGCUGGAUGCUAUGCUCCCAUGCCAUUUUAUGGUGCCAGCACGUCAUUUAUUGCGCACAGCCACAUGCGUCAUUUGUGCAACAUCAGUUAUGUACAUUUGGCAAUCAUGGUGCAGUCCAAUGAGAAUUUACCAGUGCCUAUUAAAAAUCCCACCUCAAAAAGAACCUUAUCCUGUUAUGGUUUCCAUUUUGUAGAUCUGAGAGUGCUUUGUAUUUUGAUUGUUUUUCUGGUAUUUGAUCUCGCCUUGUCCUUGACCAUUCUCCUAUCAAUUAUCCUUGACCCUGGCUUAAUUUCCUAAUUAUAUGUUACUCUAUAUCCCUUGACCUCAACCUGUUUACUGAUUCUCCAUUUGCAUGAUCUAAGCUUGUUCCACAUUUAUUGCAACGGUGUCAAAGGGAUACUAUAGGCACCCAGACUACUUCAUCUAAAUAGAGGUGCUUCCAAGGAAAUAGCAGAAUAAGACGCUGCUAUUUCUAUCAGAUGGUCUCAGAGAGACCAUCUGAUUGUUGCAGUUUGGUGUAUAGUCGCACAUGGACAUUAGCCUUACAAUGCUUUUUCGAUGAUCUCAGCCAAGGAGGCAUGCCAGUAGGGCUUAAACCAGCGCUGCAAGAGAGAAACGGUAAGUAAAAGUACUUUUUUUUCCUCCCUGCAGAUAGGAACUGGUCACCUAAACAUCCACCAGGGCACUAUAGCUUUUGGAAUCCCUGACGCCUUAGUGUUUCUUUAACCCUGGCCACCUCUUAGUACCAGUAAUACACUACUAUACACUCCUUUUCAAUUCUUUAUCCUGCCUUUUUAAGGACUGACCUGAGUUCUAGGUGUAAGGGCCUUGUGUUAUCCUGCCUUUCAAAUCAAAUUUCUAUAAUCAAAACAAUAAUUUGUCUUUGCUGUUGUCCUUAGAGAGAGGGAUUCCUUGGAAGAUUCUCUUCAAUCUGUAAAGCAGAGGGCAGAGGGAUGUCAGCUGGAAGUAGAACGAUUGAAGUCCAUGAACACAGAUUUACUGCGCCAGAGGGAUGUUCUAGAAGAGCAGAAAGAGGAGUUAACUAGGGAGCGUGAACGAAAUCACAAGGAGCUUGAGAGAAGGUGAGGACAAGGAUCUAGAUGUAUAUGUGAAUAUGGGUUUGUUUGUGUUCUAAACUGUAGAUUAUAGGUUUAGUUUUCUAAACUUAAUCAACAGACAAUAAUACCAGGUCAAGAUACAUAUAGUACUAACCAUAUACAACCAGAAUAUAUAUGAAAGUCAAAUCUUCACGCAUUUUCUUGAUCCUUUUACCAUUACAGUCCUCAAAAGUGACAAAAAAUGGAGAGACAACAGAAACAAACAAGAAUUCGAUAAUGUAAUAUGUAUGGUAUAAAGGGAGAUAAUCUAAAAUAAAAAAAUGGCCACUCACAUGGAACAUAGCAUCUUACAAACCCAGGUAGUAACAGCAUGCAGCAAGUGGUACAAUGCCAACCUACGGACACAGCGCUUGUUAAUAUUAUCAAGUUUCUCAGGUGAAGAUAUGGAAUGAGAGAAAAACAGCAAAUAGUGUAGUAAAUGUUUACUUUUUUAGAAUUAAAAAUCAGAUUAAGUAGAAAUGAUUAUGUGUGAUUCAAGUUUGCUUUCUUUCUACUUGUCUUUAGCCAAAGAACUCAAGAACAAUUGGAAGAAAAGGUCUCCAUGCUGAAGAAAGAUCUAGUGACUGUCCGAGAGAGUCUAAGUCAGACAGCUCUGGAGAGAGACGUCUUGCAAGGAGAGAAGGAGGCUGUGGCCAGUGCUCUUACCAAGGUUAGUUUGAUGAUAAACAAUAAGAACAUGCAUACACGUUUGUAUAAAUAUUUUGGAGGAACAUCCCUUAUAACCUGUCUUUCUGUUAAAAUUGUGACUUUUUAAAAUUUUAUGUCAAAUGUUUAUGUAAUUGAUUAUUUACUUAUGUGUUUAUUCCCAUGUUUUAUUGUCCCUUACUACCCUCUCUUACCUUCUAAUUAUUUUUGGGUGGGUAGCUUCCAUAAUCUUUAAAAUGCCUUUUACAUUAAUAAUUAAUUUCCAACAUUGUUGGCCAUUUGGCCAUAGAAUUUGUACCUUAAAUAACUACCCAUAAAUAAAACAGAUUAGGAAUGUUUAGAAAAAUACCACUUAAAAGCACUGUAGUUUCUACAAACCUAAAACUGUCCUUUGAAAAAAAAUAAAAAUAUUGAUUGGAAAAUAUUGCCCUGAAAAUGCACUGAAAUAAUAAAGUUUUAUCUGCCCCACAUCUUUUAUAAAAUUUAUUUCUGGAAUUACUCAAAUAAUAACAUUGUCAUGAUGUGUAACAUUUACAAUUUACAAAAGAUAUAUGUUAUUUUUAUCUAUUUAAGUCUCUAAUUAGCUUGCUUCUUAGCUAAGCCUUGUGAUCUCCAGUGUGUCCUCAUAAUUUAUCUAUUGUUAUAAAUAUGUCCAAAUAAUGGGUAUUGAGAGCGAUCAGAUUAAUCCCUAGAAAAAUCUGAGUUAGCCUUGGCUACUUAUUCUAAACCUUUCUGUGGGAAGCAGCAUUAUUUGUGAUCUCAUUGAGAAAGAUAUCAGUUCUAAAUAUUCAGUUACUAAUUGUUAAUCUGAAAGAGGGUCAUCCUCAGGACACACCACAUAGAAGAUCUUUCAUGGAAUAAAAACUGUCCACUGACUGAAAUGGAAAAUAUUGAUAUAACUACAGUACACAGUGUCUCUGGUGUGUAUGGUGUGUUUUUAACACGGAUUUCCUUGCCAGGCUGAAUCAGGCAGAGUGGAGUUAGAAUUGGCACUCACUCAGAUACGCAGUGAGCGGGCGGCACUGAACGACUCUCUUGCCAAAAUGGGUGCAUUGAAUGAGGGCCUGGCACAAGACAAAGUGGAACUAAACCGUGUCAUCCUGCAGGUAAUAAUGAGCUUGGAAGACAGUGUCACACUUGUUCCUAGUCUUUCCUGUCCACGUGUCACACUUUUGAGCUCUAUGUAAACAUCAGCUGUUUAUUUUUAUUAUUUUAUCUAGCCAUUCUGUUGUCUUGACUUCUUGCUAUUUGGCAAUGCAUGUCUUCUCAUUUUAAACGCAGCCAUAUCAUGCGUGCACUACCCGUACAAUUGCAUUGGUUUUUAAUCUGAACAUGUAUUCCUAUAAAAUAUAUGGAUUGCUGAAAUGAAAGGGUAAAAUGUGGCCUUGCUUAAUACUUUACUCUAGGAGUUAUUAAUGUCACACUCCCAGUUGUUAAAAGAAUCACAAAUUCCAUAAUGCUUUAUCAGUAAUAACUCUUGCAGAGCAUCUUGGGAAGUGUAGUGAUCUAGGAAUCUACAUUCUGCUUUACUCUUGUAAAAUGUGUCUCCUCAUUAUACAAUUGCCAGGCAACAAUAUAUUUACCUCAGUGUUAGCUAAUAUUAAAUGGAGAUGUCUUUGUGCCGGCACUGUUUUGAAACAAUCUAUAUAUAGUGUGCAAUCCUUCUGGAAUACAUAUAGGUUAACUUGGAGGAGAGAAUUUUAAGAUUUUAAAGUAGGACGUGCAUGCAGCUUAGAGUUGUAUGUUUCCUCAUUUACCUGGUUUCUUUCACCACCAACACUAGCUGGAGACCGAGCGUGGGUCCCUACUUGAGGAGCGCCGAGCCAGUGAAGCUAGCUGCAUGGCUUUGAAGGAGGAGCGCGAAGCUUUGGAGCUGGAGGUGUCCCAUCUGCAGGCUGAAAGGACAGGGUUGGAACGCAGGCUUCAAGAGGCUGAUGAAAAGCAUCAGAGGCUUGAGGAGCAGUUCCACUCCAUACGCAAGGAGAGGGCAAAGUUACAGGAGCAGCUUUCACAGGUAACAAGUAAAAGUAAUUGAUCUCUGACAUCCAUACUCUGUGUGGCCUAAAAUAUCAUUCCUAACUGUAAUGUUCACAAGCAAUUGAUUGGAACAGUUUUAGUGUUAGAGUUUGUUUCUUGUUAGAAUGUGCCAUUCACUAGACUAGAAUUGUGUAGACAGGCAAUAGAAUCUGAGCUUUUGCCCACUAUAAAUGAAUUAGAAUAAUUCCCCAACUAAGCUAUUUUAGUAAUUCCUUGCCCAUUCUCCACCAGUUGCAUUUUAUGGAAUAGCCCUGUGAAUUUAAUGCGUUCUCUCUGCUUUUUCAUAAACAAAUGAAAGCUAUUACAUCUCAAUCAAGAGAUUCAAAUAAUGUUUUAAUUGGGCAGGGCACAUUAUCCUUAUCUUAAAUUUGCUAUUAUUCAACAGGUCACGGCAUUGACACAGACACUGCAAGGUCAGUUGCACGAAAGCAAUAGAGAAGUAGAGUUGCAAUCCUCCGUCCUAAAACGCACAUCUCAGCGUGUAGAGGAACUAACCAAUCAGAAUGCAGAACUUGGAGUGCAGCUGGCUGCCAUGGAUGCUGAGGCACAGGAGCAUGAGGACGAGUUUACUCAACUCCGGUAUUUUUGCUUACCUUUAAUUUCUUUGACACUUCUUCCGGUAUGUCCACUGUCUCUGACUUUCUCUGUGGUCUCUCCGGCACAGAGCUCAGAAGGAGGCCCUGGAGAGCGCACUGUACGAAACACAGCGGAGAGCAGCGCAGUUAGAAGAUCGUAGGGAACAGCUGGAAGGAGAGAUACAUGUACUGAUGGUUGCCAAACAGGACCUUCAAGGUAUCACAAUGACAGCAAUGCAUAGUGCUUGCAUAUCACUAUUUUUAAAUGCUUUAUAGAGAUAGGAAAUGCAAAAAAUACAUAAGUUUAAUCAAAUUUCAGGGUAUUGUCCAGGUUGCAUCUUCAGUGUAUUGAACUCCUUAAAUUACCACUCGAAAGGAAAAUGGAAAAAAUGUCUGAAUUAGUGCAUAGUGCAACACGCUUUGUCUUAAUUACUUUGUCUAUAAAGUUUGUGUUACAUAUUUACACAACAUGUGUGCACAUGAUUUGUUAGCUAUCCUAAUAGCACCAUUGCAGUACAAUUUACCAUUUGUAUUUCUUUCUCACACCUACUAUGUGAUCAAAACCUGCUACGAGUCUAUAAUAGUCUCAAAAUACACACAAAUUAGACAUUAAGGUCAAGUCUCCCAACUCCAGUGCUAUGAAUAUGAAAUUCAAAGUGACUUAAUAUAUAUUGUUAACACAGCUGUGUCUUUGCAUUGCUGCUAGCACCCAGGCUCCACUGACUAUCUUUUUCCAUCAGCGGAAGCGCAGCGGCAAGCACUGGAAGCUGAGGAGGCGAUGGCCGAGCUGCGACAGCAGAAGGUUACUCUGGAGCUCCGACUCACUCAGGCAGAGCAAGCAGCACAGCUGUCUCUCAGUAACCAGGCCCAGCAACACCAAGACACCGUGGAGAGACUCAGGAAGGAGCAGGUUAGUGUCCAUGUCUGUGUGUGUUAUGAAUAAAGGAUAUGUUGUUACAGACAGCCAAACACUGGUAUAGCUAUAAAUCUAAUGUGUAAGUGCUUAACCUCUCGCAGGUGUCACUAAGUACCUCUGGCAAUAAAUGUGUGAAAAGGAAAAACGUUUCCACAUAGAAAAAUAAACGUCUAACCAGCUCACUUUCCUCUGUAUGGUUUAUUCACCUUAAAAUGAACUCUUUUGCGUCGGUGUGAGUACUAAUCAGAUUAUUAGUUUAUGUGGUUCACUUGACUCAAACAUAGAGGCAUUUUAAAAGUAAUUAAUUUUGUGAACCUGUAAAGAAUAAAGUUUGCUAAAAUUGCAUUUUAAUGCAAUAAAUAAUGGAGAAUGUGUUUAAAAUAUUGAUUCUUUCACUGCCGGAGCUCCAGAUUUCACACAUGAUUCUCUCUCGAUUCUCUCUCUUUUCUGUGAAAGGGUUACAUGUUGUGCACUCUAAGUACCUUAACAAUUUGUGUUCUUUACACAGUUUGUGAAUUAAGUAAAUCCAUUGACUCCAUACAUAUAUGCUUAUAACUGCAGUGCUGCUUUGUAGACAUUUGAGCUUAGCACUGACAUAGAAUGUUACAGGCGUAUUAUAACUGUCUGAGUCACUAACUGGCCUGAGAUGACCUCAUUACAGAAGCUUAGUGGUUUACGGCACAUACAUAAAUUUCAAAUAUUUUAUUUUCAGUGUAUUGCACAUAGCUGAAUGCAUUGUUUACAUUACUGAUAUAAAAGAAAGGAUGGAUUAAAUCAGGCCUAUAGUGUCCCUUUAAUUCUUGAAAAGUCUAUUGUUUAUCAUAAAGAGUGUACCACAGGAGUGAGUGAGGCCACAGGGCAAAAACAGGCAAAUGUUAAAACCAGCUUAAAAUCAUAUGAUUCGAUUAAGGUUGUUACACACUAGCAGUUAACAGGUAGGGUUAUCGAGCGAGUUUUAGGUUUGAAAUUGUUCUUUAAAAAGGUUUUGAUUUUCAUUCCUUGAAUAGCAUUACACUGUGUACAAAUCCAUUAAAAGCCACUGAGGUAGCCCCUUAUGGUUGCAAAAGAGCGCUUCCAAUCUCAGGGUUGCAGCUUCUAGCAUUCGUAGACUCUUUUUGCUUCAAUAUUAAAAUGAAUACUAUUGAGACAAUUAAAAGGGCAAAAACUAUAAUCAUAUAUCUAUUAUUAGUAUUAUUAUUUUUUUGCAAGCAAAUACUUAGACAUUUCGUCUUCAGUUUUAGUUUCAUGGUAAAAAUCCCCCUUAUAACAUUAUAAAAAACAAAGAAAAACAGAAUAAGAGCUAAAAUAUAGGUAGAAUCUAAGGAAUAAAGUAUACUAACAAUCUUAAAUAUGAAUGUGUAAAAGAAUGUAAUGCCAAAUCCUAACUGAUUCUGGAUUAAAACCAAACCAAUUCUUCCACUGGCAUCUGAUAUGUUUGUGAAGGCUUUUUAUUAACAAGAUGUAAAUUGUCUGUUUAUAAAUUCAUAUCAUGACAACAACGGGUACAAUCAUAAACAGAAAAACUCAGUUAAACCAAGUGAUCUUUAAAUGUGUCAUUUGGUCAACAUUUUUUCCAAAUGGAAAUAGUGUACAUUUCUUUUACUUACAGAUUGUUCUGUCAUUAAAAUAGCUCCAAUUGCAAAUCCACCAGCUUUAGAAAGUGUACAGACUUCAAGAUCUCAUGUCCUUUUCCAAUAAGGCUAAAUAGCAUUUAGUCCCCUUGGAGAGAAAAGCAUCAUAUGAAAAUACAUAGUUAUGAGGUAGACUGAAUCCGAGGAUUCAGAUCACAAGUUGAUGAAUGUGAUCUAUAUGAUAGGAAAGCAAAUCAUUUCACCUCUUAGCAAACAUAGCCCUAUAUAUUUUAUUUAUCAUUUUAAAGCUGUGUAGUCUGAAAAUUCCACAUGCUUUUUGUUUUAUAACUGUAUGGGUCCUAACCUAGAGAAAAAAAACGAAAUUGUGGAUGCUAUGGCCACUGUAUUCAUACCACCUUUUCAGUAAGAUUUGCAGGUUGAAGGUGUGAGUUACAUUACUUCUGGGGGCAAGUAUUUGCUGAUUAUAUAUUUUACUUGUUGCCCUCAUCUCCAGGAGAGUCUGCGUCUGGCAAUGAUUGUGGAGAAACAGGAGGCGGUGCAGCGUUUGGAGAAAGAGAAGGAAGAGCUGCUUUCAGACAGUGAGCUUGUGAAGCAGAAACUCAGCUCUGAUAUCAUGCGUCUGCAGGAAGAGAAAGAGGAGAGCUUGCUUAAGGUGGAGAGCGAAAAGCAGAAGGUUAGUGGGUGUGAAUGGGUGCUGAGACAGAAAGACAAACCUCAACAUCUCAAAGAUGUCCAAAUUAUUCCUUCAUCUUAACCUUGAACAAUCACAGCCCUAUUGGGAUUUUUUUUUCCUUACAGCUUACCAAAAGUCAAGAUUAAAUUUAUCAGUAUCAUUUCCAUUGCGUUAAAAUUAUUAAAUUUUAUUAAUGGUUAGGAAUUAGGAAAAUCCCAUUAUAUCAUAUUUUUCCAUGGUGUUGUCCAUACUGGUGGAGAGCCUUCAAGUGGAAUAUACUGCUCUUGAAGUGGUGACUGCUCAAGAGGAGUAACUACUUACACUAGGGUGAUAUGUUAUCAACUGCUAAAUACACAUAUUGUAGUCGGGGACAUUAAGCCGUAAUAAUAUCUUAUGAGUAGAAGUAAGCACAAGUCGGUUGUGGUGUGCCAGAACCGAUGCAUGGGGUAGGCCUGUAAUAAAAGAGGGCCCACCCAUGAAUUGAUAAACGGGAGAAGUGGGAGGGAUGAACCCAGCGGUGACGGUUCUGUCAUGGAGGGGGCCUGAGUUUUUAGAGCCGGGUAACCCCUUCCACAAUUACAGGCUACGCUUUUAUAUUUGUAGUCGGGGACAUUAGGCCAUAAUAAUAAUAAUAUAAUAUAAGUAGAAGUAAGUACAAGUCGGUUGUGGUGUGCCGGAACCGACGUAUGGGAUAGGCCUGUAAUAAGAGAGGGCCCACCCAUGAAUUGUGACAAAGGGGAGAGGUGGGAGGGAUGAACCCAGCGGUUACGGUUUUGUCAAGGAGGGGGCCUGAGUAUUUAUAGCCGGGUAACCCCUCCCACAAUUACAGGCUGCACCUUUAUAUUUAUCAACCAAAAUGGCAGAAUUUACUAAUAUAAUAAAAUAAGCAACCAUGGGAGUCAUAGGAUGUAACUUAGAGAUUCAUAGAAUAUACUUACCUAUCAUAGAUUCAUGCAAAGAGGUUGUGUUCUAUUCAUUGCUGUUAUUAUUUCACUUUAUUUUCUGUUUAAAUAUUGCUGUAUGUACAAAGGUCACACUUUUUGUAAUCUCUGAACACUUUAUUCUGGUCCUUUAUGUAACAUGUUAUGUAGGUUAUGUUUAACACACACUGCAAAUUUAAGGCCAAAGUAGCCAAAAUGGAAAAAUUAUCCAAGUCAGCAAUGCUUCUAGUUCAGCUACUUUGGCCUAACAUUUAAAAUUCACUUUUAAAUCCUGACAAUUCCUACUUUAGUGGAUACUCCUGUAUGUCACAAAGAAGCCACUUCAACCCUUACCUUAAACCCUCCUAACCCCAAAUAAAACCUAGACCCCUUACACCAAAAAAACCCUAAAACAACUUUUCUUAUUUUUUAAAAUUCAAAAUAUGUUUGCCUCCUUUCACUAGUGGACACCAAGAUCACACUUAAAGGAAGACUAUAGUCACCUAAAUUACUUUAGCUAAAUAAAGCAGUUUUAGUGUAUAGAUCAUUCCCCUGCAAUUUCACUGCUCAAUUCACUGUCAUUUAGGAGUUAAAUCACUUUGUUUCUGUUUAUGCAGCCCUAGCCACACCUCCCCUGGCUAUGAUUGACAGAGCCUGCAUGAAAAAAAACUGGUUUCACUUUCAAACAGAUGUAAUUUACCUUAAAUAAUUGUAUCUCAAUCUCUAAAUUUAAUUUUAUUCACAUAGAGGAGGCUCUUGCAGGGUCUAGCAAGAUAUUAACAUAGCAUGGGAUAAGAAAAUCUUAAUUAAACAGAACUUGCAAUAAAGAUGGCCUAAAAAGGGCUCUCUUUACAGGAAGUGUUUAUGGAAGGCUGUGCAAGUCACAUGCAGAGAGGUGUGACUAGGGUUCAUAAACAAAGGGAUUUAACUCCUAAAUGGCACAGGAUUGAGCAGUGAGGCUGCAGGGGCAUGUUCUAAAUACCAAAACUGCUUUAUUAAGCUAAAGUUGUUCAGGUGACUAUAGUGUCCCUUUAAUCUUUACUUGCUUUGCAAUUAGAUGUGAACCCUAUGGGGAUGUAUUUACUAUGUGGGAUUAAUAAACUCACAAUCUAUCUUUUUCAGAAAAUAGUAUGGUAUUUAAUUACUAAAUGUGCUUUCUUGCUACCACUCAAACACAGUUAAACAUACUCGUUUUCCUGGCACUAUAGUGCCCUGAGGGUGCCCCCACCCUCAGAGUCCCACUCCCGCCGGGCUGGAUGGAGAGGAAGGGGUUAAACACUUACCUUUCUCCAGCGCCGGGCUCCCUCGGUGCUGGAGACUCUCCUCCUCCUUUUCCCGUCAUCGGCUGAAUGCACAUGUGCGGCAAGAGCCGCGUGCGCAUUCAGCCAGUCCAUAGGAAAGCAUUCUUAAUGCUUUCCUAUGGACGCUGGCGUCUUCUCACUGUGAAAAUCAUAGUGAGAAGCGCGGAACUAUAGCAGUUCUCUGAAACUGCUAUGUUUACAGCAGAAAGGGUUAAUCCUAGCUGGACCUGGCACCCAGACCACUUCAAGCUGAAGUGGUCUGGGUGCCUAUAGUGGUCCUUUAAUGCAAUGCAUGCACUCAGUGACCUUUGCAUUGAUCUGUGCAUCCUUCCAGAUCUGGGGAAUGACACAGAGGUGAACACUUAAAUUACAAUGAUGUUAGUAAUAUUCAGGGUUUACUUUAUAAAUAUUAAUUAUUAUUUUGUUUCUAGGCCUUGUUCCUUAAAGAGACAGAAAAGAAUAAUCUCAAUGAAAAGCUGGUGCAGACACAGAGGGAGCUCUCCGACACUAAACUGGAAGCCGAGAGGUUUAAACGUGAAGUUCAAAUAAAGCAGGACCAGGACAAGGUCAGCAGUUAUAUAAAUAUAGCUUGUUUCUCAAAUGGUAUCACAUUAAAAUAUAUAAUGUCAAUGCUUUCCCUGUGAGUUGACACCAAAAUAAAGAAUUAAUAUAUAUAUAAAUAUACAUAUAUAUAUAUAUAUAUAUAUAUAUAUAAUGUCAACUCCUUUAUUUAGAUUUAUCUAGGCAAAAGGUAGCUGAUCUUAUGUUGCCCCAAUCACACCUCUAAAUAAAAAUGAUAGUAUUGCAAUAUGUAGCUCUUUGACUUUUAAUAUUAAAUCUAGAUUUCCUGUCCUAACGUGUCUUAUACCCCACCUCCUAUAGACUGUAAGCUCGUUUGAGCAGGGUCCUCCUCAACCUAUCGUUCCUGUAAGUUUUCUUUUAAUUGUCCUAUUUAUAGUUAAAUCCCCCCUCUCAUAAUAUUGUAAAGCGCUACAGAAUCUGUUGGCGCUAUAUAAAUGGCAAUAAUAAUAAUUAAUAGAGGUCUGUUUGUGAAUGCAGUUUGUACUGUGAUAGGCCUUAUACUUACUAUGUAGGAUUUCAUGAAAAAAAUAAAAUGGCUCUGAGACACUGAACUGGAUUGUGAUGCAUAUAUAUGAAUUAAGAAUAUUUAUUAAUUCAUGUACAUGCCAAAAGGAGAUAUAUGAAAAUUGGAGUAAAUCUCUGUGCGGUUGUCUUUUGCUUAGUACCUGCUCAGGUCUCAAACACGAUUUAGCUCACAUAUGCCAUUACAGAGUGAACCUAUGCUCUUUACAUAUCAAAGCAUCAUUAGCCUAUUCCUAAAAUGCUGACAGGCUGCUUUUGCACUAGGGAUACAGUAGCCCAGCUACAAUUUUUGCUCAUACAUACAUUUGGCCAUGGAUAUGAAUGUAUGAUUGAUUCCAUAUAUUAGCACAAAUGAAGAUGCAGCUGAAACUGUGACAUCAGAAUAUGGAUUUGGCAGUAAAGACAACAAAGGAAUGUUUUACCAGAUAUUGCUCUGUUCUUGUGUCCCCAGUCUGUGCUGGAUGGAGUCUCCUCUGAGCUUAAGGCUCUUCAAACUGAGUUUGAAGAUGCAAUGUUUGCGCACUCUAAAGAGAACAAGAACCUCUGCGAUCGUGUAAAGCAGCUGAGCCAGGAUAGGGAGAGUCUGACUACAGAGGUAAGCAUGGUCCAUGACCAGCCAUAGAUAUCACAAAACAAAAUGAACACAAUAUUGCUAUUUGAGUCAUAUCUCUACACCUCCAUACACUAUGUAAUGAAACAGAAAAUAUGCUUUUGGCAUGACAUUCCUCAAAAACUCCAUAAAAAGAAAAAAAUUUGCCUGUUGUCUGUUAUCUGCCGCAGGUGGAGGAACUUAAAACACUGUUGCGAGUAGCUGAAGACUCAAGAGAUGGGUUGCGCAGGGACAUAAUUGAGGUACAACGUCUGCUCCGAGAGAUGGAAGAUACUUGUGAAAUUCAGAGGAAGGAGACGUUAGAGCUGCGCCGGGAUAUUGGAGACCUGACCCGUGAAAGAGAAACUCUGCAAAGGUCCAAUACUGAGCUGAGGACAAACAUCAAGAAAACAGAGACGGAGAGAAGCAGGUAAGAUUUACUACACAGAUCCAAAGGCACUCUGUGAACUUUGAAUUAUUUUAAUUCUAUCUUGUAACAUACCAAAGUAGUGUGAUGAAACUGUCUUUGGUGCUCGGCAGCUAAUGCUCAGACUGUGAGUGAUGGCAGCUUGUUUUGUUUACCAUGGGAUACUUUCAGUAUGAAAUUUAUUUUUACAGCCUACUUAUAUUUCUAGAACCUACUUAUAGCAAACUUUGUACUGUAUAGUACGUUUUACUUUAUACUAUAGUUUGGAGUGGCCCACUAAAUGUAUUGGCUAUAUCCAUAAAGAAAAGAAUAGGCAAAAAUAGUCUCUCUAAUUUAGAUUGUGUUACAUACAGUGAAAGUCGUCUACAUAGUUACCUUGUUAUUGGCAAGACUAGGUUCCUGCCUAGGAAUACUGCUACAUGAAACAUUUCAUUAAGGAAGUCAAUACAAAAUGCAAGAUGCUUUGAGUAUAGUCGUGGAAGGAGACACUGGAAUCACUGGUACACUGUCACUUAGUCAUUGGGCUGACACUAGACUUCCAUGGGCAGAAGUUGAAUAACUGGCAUGGAUUAGGAAUUGUGGUUAAGGCAUUAGAGGCAUACAUUUCUUUAGGCUGGGGGAUACUCCUCCCAAGUGAGCUCAUAAAGGUACAUGAAAGAAAUAUAUGUACCUCUGGAAAGGAUGCUGGUGUUUCUUAAAGAGACGCUAUAGGCACCAAAACAACUAUAACUUAAUGAAGCAGUUUUGGUGUACAGAUCAUGCUCCUUCUGCCUCAUUGCUUAAUUCUUGAUCAUUUAGUAGUUAAAUCAUGUCCUUCUCUACAUUUGCCAUCUUAUUAUAAUUUUUUAUUAUUUAUGUAAAUACUGUACCUUCCUAGUAAACCUAAAAAUCUGUCUACUUUUCUGGUUAAAUUAUUCUUUAACGGGGGGGGGGGGGCAGAGCUUGACCUCGGAGCUGUGCAGACUUGGGCAGCACGAGUUCUUGUCUCGAGAGCAGAUUUUGGGUUAUAAUCGGCGGCUACAUAUCCACAAGACUUACCGGGGUGCGCUACCCACGUCAGUGGUGCACUGCUGAAUUGAGUGACAGCUCCCUGGAGCCCAUCAAGGCCGGGAGAACGGAACGCCACGUGCAGCCUACUAGAGUUGGUGCUGAGGAGAGGUGGCCGCUCUCCCUGACACCGGACUCACCUAGCGACUCUGCUGGUCUUCUACCCCUUCACCCCCUUUGGACCGGUGGGGGUUAACCUGGUUCCCACUGGGUUAACGGACUAACGCUCUCCCUGCUGUAUCAGCAUACCGCUCACAGCAGACACCUAACGGUGCCCAGACCACACAAUAUGGCGGAGGCCCUUCCACAAACAUCACAAACCUUCAGCCGGUCACAAGGGCCCAAACAGGGCACCAUCGAAUUCCAGGCUGGACGCACUGCAGGCACGUUCCACUGCCAUCCGGUCCAAGCAGAGGAUGGAGAGAAACUCAUGGACCGCGACGGGAGGGACACCUCCGGGCAGCGCACCCACCCAAACGCUUAACCGGUCCAACGACCGCCUGCCUAGGCUGAAAGCCACCAGAGGCAUGACCUCGAGACACAGGAGGAAGGUCACACAAUGCUGGCGGCGCAUGCCACCUCGAUCUUCCAACUGCCUCUUGGGGGGCCAGGACUUGACCAUGAAAAGGUACCGAGUCUGACGACAGAGGGUGUCUGCUUUCACAAAGGCCUGGGGCUGGAGACAUAACUCUCUUACCUGUCGCCCCCCAGCUGAUCCCGGAACCUCGCAUGCAUGCUCGGCAGACUUGCCACCCCAGGGAAUUGGCUGACACGACCGGGGACCUGCAGUCUGUCAAGUGGUAACCAAUGAGGAAGGCAGAGGCUAUUAAGGACUGAGCCAACCGAGCAGUACUCAUUGCCUUUUUUAUGUUAACAUUAUGUGCCCUACUAUCUUACAUGUCUCUAGUGCAGCAAUGUGUAACAUUCUAUGCCCCAGUGGUUCAAAGCUGGUUUGGUAAGACAACUCAGUGUAUUUAACUGUAACUUUACAUGUACUUAUCAAUGGCUCUGUGUUUCCUGUUUCCUAGUACUGUGUGUGGUAAGCAUCAACAUAGAAUAGUUCAACUUCUCAUCCACACAGGUGCCUUUCAGCGAUAAUUCACAGGGACUACCAGCAUACUCUUAGCUAAAUUUAAUCAUACUAUGCAGUAUUUACCAGCAUGUUCUCUUACCCCACCUUAUAUAAAAUUGUGCUGUUUCAUUGCAAUUGUACAUACCCUAGCUUUUUACAUCAAAUCUGCAUGCAAACUACCUGUAUAAUUGUGUCAAUUCAUAUGCCUGCUGUUGUUGUUGUGAUGCAGCGGGUUCCUAGGUGGCCGCCAUUUAUACUCUUCAGCACUGAAAAAAUAAAAAUGUACACCAAAAAAAAAGAUUCUUUAACAGUCAAUGUAGUUUUAAUGUACUUCCCUCAGACUUUAACCUCAUUCGAGCCGGGCCUUACUAACAUAGAAACAUAGAAUGUUACAGCAGAUAAGAACCAUUUGGCCCAUCUAGUCUGCCCAAUUUUCUAAAUACUUUCAUUAGUCCCUGGCCUUAUCUUAUAGUUAGGAUAGCCUUAUGCCUAUCCCACGCAUGCUUAAACUCCUUUACUGUGUUAACCUCUACCACUUCAGCUGGAAGGCUCUUCCAUGCAUCCACUACCCUCUCAGUAAAGUAAUACUUCCUGAUAUUAUUUUUAAACCUUUGUCCCUCUAAUUUAAGACUAUGUCCUCUUGUUGUGGUAGUUUUUCUUCUUUUAAAUAUAGUCUCCUCCUUUACUGUGUUGAUUCCCUUUAUGUAUUUAAAUGUAUCUAUCAUAUCCCCCCUGUCUCGUCUUUCCUCCAAGCUAUACAUGUUAAGAUCCUUUAACCUUUCCUGGUAAGUUUUAUCCCGCAAUCCAUGAACCAGUUUUGUAGCCCUUCUCUGAACUCCUCUCUAAGGUAUCAAUAUCCUUCUGAAGAUACGGUCUCCAGUACUGUGUACAAUACUCCAAGUGAGGUCUCACCAGUGUUCUGUACAAUGUCAUGAGCACUUCCCUCUUUCUACUGCUAAUACCUCUCCCUAUACAACCAAGCAUUCUGCUAGCAUUUCCUGCUGCUCUAUUACAUAGUCUGCCUACCUUUAAGUCAUCAGAAAUAAUCACCCUUAAAUCCCUUUCCUCAGAUAUUGAGGUUAGGACUCUAUCAAAUAUUCUGUACUCUGCCCUUGGGUUUUUACGUCCAAUAUGCAUUAUCUUGCACUCAUCCACAUUAAAUGUCAGUUGCCACAAUUCUGACCAUUUUUCUAGUUUACCUAAAUCAUUUGCCAUUUGGCUUAUCCCUCCUGGAACAUCAACCCUGUUACAUAUCUUAGUAUCAUCAGCAAAAACACAUACCUUACCAUCAAGACCUUCUGCAAUAUUACUAAUAAACAUAUUAAAGAGAAUGGGUCCAAGUACAGAUCCCUGAGGUACCCCACUGGUAGACCUUGCAUUGAAUAUACUCCAUUGACUACAACCCUCUGUUGCCUGUCACUCAGCCACUGCCUUACCCAUUCAACAAUAUUGGAAUCCACACUUAAAGAUUGCAGUUUAUUGAUAAGCCUGCAGUUUAUUGAUAAGUAACAUUUGUUACUGUAUGCAAGACUUUUUUUAUCUCAAUUAUUUAUUUAUUUUCUCUUUUGCUUAUUCACCAUUUGGCACUGUGGAAACUGUUGGUUCUUAUAAGAAAUAAUAGCUAAAUUAUAUUUCUCUCAGUGUUUGUGCUGGAUUUAUGUGUGUAUAGAAGCUUUUCAGCCUGUGAAUGUGUGUUUACAUGUGGUGAUUCUCACUGAUGUCACCCUCAGCCUGCAUGUAUCAUUGGAGGAGAAACUGCAGCGCCUGUCUGUACUGCAAGAGGGGAAGGCAUGUGCAGAACGGGAAGCAGCGCAGCUGAGAGCCAGCCUGCGGGAGGUGGAGCGUGCCCAUAUAGAGGCACGCAGACAGUUACAGGAGCUACGAAGACAGGUACAGGGCCUUGCCUUGAGUGUCAUUUCUGCUAAAUACACCUGUUAAUAUUAACAUUUGUAAAUAACAAUUCUAGUAAACAGGUAAAAUAUAUUAUAGAGAUAUUCGCUGUCAGAAUUAUCAGGCAUUGAAAGUGAUUUUCAAAUUUAAAGCCCAAAUAGCCGAAACUAGAAGCAUAGCUGCCUUGGAUAAUUUCUCCUAUUUGGCUAUUUUGAAAAUUCACUUUGAAAGCCAUACCCUUUUAUUCCUUUUAGUGAGAUAGAAAAUUAAAUAAAAUGUUAAAAAUGUUAAAUCUAUGCAAAUAUAUCGAAGAUCAUUAAAUAAGAUAAGUGCAAUAUAAUAUGAAAAUGGAGAUGUUCUCUGAAGCUAGGAAAUGCAUAGGUGCAUUCUGUAAAGUUAGAUGUUGGGGUUCCCAUAACAUUGCAUUAAUACAGCCUUACUCUCCUGCAGGUGAAGACACUAGGUGGAGAGAGCAGUCAGAAGGAACAAGAGGUGGCUGAUCUCCAAGCUCGCAUACAGCAAGAGGAGCAGAAGGAGCAGCAGAGCCGGCGGGAGUCACUGGAGCUGAGACAACGAAUAACACAGAGUGAGGUCGAACGAGAGGCUGCUCGCAGAGAGGUGAGUAGUACUGUGUGAGACCCCGAUACCUGUUGGAAGACUAUUCUGAAUGGCAUUUUUAAAGUGACACUCCGCUGCCCAAAUAGGAAAACAAAUAGAAGACAUCAGUUUCAAAUCUCUUUUUAUGUUUACACACAUUCUAUGUUUCUAUGUAACCCCUAUUACUGAAUAAUCCUCUUCAUGCCCACAAUUUAGCAAAAUCAAAUUUUUCCUGUUUCUUUGGUACUAGCGUUAUAUGAACCUCGUGUACUCUACACCGAACAACAUCCCUUAACCUUUUAACAUUUAGCAUUAUCACAAAAGUCCUGCAAGUGGCACAGGUGGUUAUAAUUUACAGUGGGAAAUAAAAUUAUUAUUCUAAUUUAUAUAUCAACAGCAAAUUCAGAAGACAUAGACACAAUAAGUUAACUAGUGUUACACUUCAUUUGACAAACAUCUGUCACUAGGCUGCAUUAAACCUGAGGAAUAAUAUACGUUAUCUUUGUGGAUCCCUUAAUUAAUCUGCACUUUAAUCUACCCAUUUCUUUAGAUAUUGUCCCUGCAGCAGCGCCUGUCUGCAUUAGACUCCUCUUCAUGUCAGCGUGAAAGAGAUCUUGAGCAGCGUCUGAAUGAGAGCCAUGCUGCGGAGCAGCGUUUGCAGGAGUCAUGCAAGAAUCUUCAGGAGCAGAUUCAGCGUGGGACCAGAGAAGCAGAAGAUCUCCGGCUCCAACUGGGAGCUUAUGAGGCAAGAGUGCGGGCACUUGAAUCUGAGCUGAACAAGAUGCAAACAGCACGUAGGGAAGCUGAGGCACAGUUUAGCAACUUGUCUUCGGUAAUCCGACGGACUCUUGGUGUCAGAGGUCGCAGUCCUUCACCCCACAGACCAAUGUCUCCCAGUAAAAGUAAGUGAAGGUCAAGAGCCGUAAUCCUUGACAUUACAAAUAUUUGCACUACUUUUCUUAUGAUGCUUAGCUAUUCAAAAGUCUAUAGGUGCAAAGGUGAAAAUGAAAUUCACAGGCACCUGGAGUGCCAGAUUAAGUACAGCUGUUCUAGGGAAAUGGAUAACUUUGGAGCUCUAGAUAGCUCUAACAUUGGAUACUUCAGGGACAUAUUUUAAUGGAAAAGACACUAAGCAAUGAAUACACAAUUUGUUUUUGGAUACUCUUGUGCAAUGGGUGUCUGUAAAAUUCCAUUAUGACAUUUUGAGUUAGUUGUUUUCAAAGCAUAAUACCAGUUGUGAUAGCAAUUAACUGCAGAUUAUUCCCUUUAACAUCAAAGAGAUCAAUUGUCAGGAAAUCAUUGUGUGUUUAUCUCAGCCUGUAGAAGGCAGAUACAACUGCCUAAUUCAUCCUGAAUUAACAAAGUAACUUUAUAAAAUAACAACCACCUGGGACAAGGUAAUCCCUUCUCACCUACACCUUUCGCUUCGAGUCAGAGAUUGAAUAAAAUAAGAGGAUCACCCUAAUAGCUAAGAAAAGCCCUCUACUUCUUACUGCUUUCAUCCCAUGCACAGGAAUUUGAUGGUAUUGCCUUUGUUCUUUACCCCUCCACUCCCUGAGACUUUGAUGAUGUGAAUCUAGUAAUAGUAAGGAUGGCCUUGGAGCUCCCUGACAAUGUUCUACUUCGAAUAUAUGACAAAGCGUUGCCCAAUCCACCAUAUAUUAAACACAGAAAUUACUUAAUCCCCUGGUCCCAUGUGUUCUCCUGUAUAAUACAACCAGAGUGAUCUAGCCCAGCAGAUGCCCACUGUAGAUUCCAUAGUAUAAAAUCAAAGGGCAAAGAGUAAAAUACCUGGCUGUCACCUUUGUUUUACAUUAUACCAAUGUAUAUAUUUUGUUCCAUAAUAGGUAUUGAUGGCUCGUUCUUGGAGGGGCGAAGAACUCCUAGCUCUCGCAGUGGGUCUCCUGACCGCAGCCGCUCUCCAUACCCAGAGCUUGAACCAGAGGCUGUGAAAGUAGCCUUAAAGGACUUCAUGCAAGUCCUGAGGGAAACGCAGAAGGAGAAGGUGAGUUCUGUGAAUGGUACAGACACACACAUAAGACAUAUUCUCUACUACAAAAUUGCAGAAAUAAAAUUCUGCCAUUUGCGGUUCCAUCUGUGUGGAACUAAUACAGCAAAUAAUAAUCCCACUAGCACACCCUUCUAGGGAUAGUCUUUCAAUUCUAGCUGCAGAUUUAUUUUGUUUCUUUCUGCCAGAUAUCUCGUUUAUUUUCUCUUUUAUGAAUAUUCUGCUGUUUUUAGGAUGAAACUAGUGUCCAGAUCCUAUCUUUACGCAGACAACUGGAUGACAUUGCUAAUUCCCGGGAAAAACUGCAGAGCCAACUGCAGAAAGAGCUGAAACAGAUGGCUGAACUACAAGAAGGUACUUCCAGUUCUACAUUUCCAUAAGAGGGUGGAAAGGCACAACCGUUAUAUGGUCUUAGAUUGCAUCAACAGAUUAAGGACUUUCAGCAGUCAGAAUUUUAACAUAUUGCUGAAACGUACAAAUUUUUAACUUUAUUCACUAUGUGUGAUGUUUGGAAUAAAAGGGACUACAAAGUUAAUUUAAAAUUUUAGGACAAUAUAGCCGAAUUAGAAAAAAAGCCAACUACGUUUCAGUUUAGUUAUUCUGGUUGAAAUGUGCUAUUCACUUUGAAUUUCUGACAGCUAUCAGUCAAAAGCUGGAAACCCCAUUAUGUUGUUUUGACAUGGGAUUGAUACCAAGAGUAGUCAAAGGCUAAUGACAGGCUAAUGCUUUAUGCAUUUGUUUCUGUUUCAAGUAACAACACAUCAGAGCCAUUUCCACUGGUACCAGUAGCCAUUUUGGCAAUUUGAUUGGAAUAAAAAGAACAAAAUAAUUGCUAUCUGUUUUUGCCAAUGUACAUCACUGUCUGAACAUGCAACACAGUAUUGUGUUUUGCGAAUUUAGCAAUCUGUUGCUGAAAUUCCAGGCACAAAAUCAGAAGUGGGUGUGAAGAAUAACUGGUGUUGGAGCAGAUGGUUUCAGAUAACCAAACAAUGUUUUCUAAGUGGCAAAUUUAUACAGAUAUCAACACAGCAACACUAUGCCAUCUGCAAAAUAACUUGCCAUCUUUUACCUGGUAUCAUAGUAUUGUUAUGUUGUUAAAGGAGACCUAUUAUUUCCUACGAUUUUCAAUAUUUUGUUUACUGAUACUUAUAAGUAUAUCAAGUAUGAAAAAUCAAACUAAAUGUAGAAAUUAAUAUAUCUUUAUCCUGCAAAUGUGCACCUCCAUCUUGGAUCCGUCUUGAUUUGCCCAAAAGACUAGCAGUCAUCUAAAAUAUAAAAAACAAUAGAGGUGGUUAUUAUGCACUCUGUGCCAACAGAGUGGUAACGGACUACACAAAACGGCGUGUUAUGGGUUUAAAACUGAUCUGGUCCCACUAUUUUGGAAGCAUAUUUUUGUAUGUUUUUAAUUGUGCUUAGUAAAAGGUGCUAUGUUAUUGGCACUUUUUUUAUCUUGUAUGUGGAACUUCAUUCCCAACCUGGAUUUUAUAUUCUAAAGACUUUCCAUAUUGUUCCAUGAUAAGUGCAGUUAAUUUAUUCCUGUGUUCGCACUUGCAAAAUGCACUUAAACUGGUUCUGUUUGCAAUGGGGCAUGCAUUAUAUAUAUAUAUAUAUAUAUAUAUCUAUGUAUGUAUAUAUAUAUAUAUAUAUAUAUAUAUAUAUAUAUAAUCUUUAUACUGACUGCUAUAUAUAAAAUGCGGUAUGCAUAUAUAUAUAUAUAUAUAUAUAUAUAUAUAUAUACACUGGACAAAAUUAUAAACGCAACACUUUUAUUUUUUUCCCCCAUUUUUCAUGAGCUUAACUCAAAGAUCUAAGACUUUUUCUAUGUUUACAAAAGGCCUAUUUCUCUCAAAUAUUGUUCACAAAUCUGUCUAAAUCUGUGUUAAUGAGCACUUCUCCUUUACCGAGAUAACCCAUCCACCUCAUAGGUGUGGCAUAUCAAGAUGCUGAUUAGACAGCAUGAUUAUCGCACUGGUGUGCCUUAGGCUGGCCACAAUAAAAGGCCACUCUAAAAUGUGCAGUUUUACUGUAUUGGGGGGGUCUAAAAACCAGUCCGUAUCUGGUGUGACCACCAUUUGCCUCAUGCAGUGCAACACAUCUCCUUCGCAAAGAGUUGAUCAGGUUGUUGAUUGUGGCCUGUGGAAUGUUGGUCCACUCCUCUUCAAUGGCUGUGCGAAGUUGCUGGAUAUUGGCAGGCCCUUCAAUGGCUGUGCGAAGUUGCUGAAUAUUGCCAGGACGCUGUCGUAUACGUCGAUCCAGAUCAUCCCAAACAUGCUCAAUGGGUGACCUGUCCGGUGAGUAUGCUGGCCAUGCAAUAACUGGGAUGUUUUCAGCUUCCAGGAAUUGUGUACAGAUCCUGGCAACAUGGAGCAGGUGAUGGUCGUGGAUGAAUGGAACAACAAUGGGCCUCAGGAUCUUGUCACAAUAUCUCUGUGCAUUCAAAAUGCCAUCAAUAAAGUGCACCUGUGUUCGUUGUCCAUAACAUACACCUGCCCAUACCAUAACCCCAACGCCACCAUGGUCCACUCGAUCCACAAUGUUGACAUCAGCAAACCGCUCACCCACACAACGCCAUACACCCUGUCUGCCAUCUGAUGAGCUUCCCUGAGACGGUUUCUGACAGUUUGUGCAGACAUUCUUUGGUUAUGCAAAAUUAUUGUUGCAGCAGCUGUCAUGGUGGAUGGUCUCAGACGAUCUUGGGGGUGAAGAUGCUGGAUGUGGAGAUCCUGGGCUUGUGUGGUUACACGUGGUCUGCAAGUGUGGCGCUGGUUGGAUGUACUGUCAAAUUCUCUGAAACACCUUUGGAGACGGCUUAUGGUAGAGAAAUUAACAUUCAAUUCACGGGCAACAGCUCUGGGGGACAUUCCUGCAGUCAGCAUGCCAAUUGCAUGCUCCCUCAAAACUUGAGACAUCUGUGGCUUUAUGCUGUGUGAUAAAACUGCACAAUUUAGAGUGGCCUUUUAUUGUGGCCAGCCUAAGACACACCUUUGCAAUAUUCAUGCUGUCUAAUCAGCAUCUUGAUAUGCCACACCUGUGAGGUGGAUGGAUUAUCUCAGCAAAGGAGAAGUGCUCACUAACACAGAUUUAGACAGAUCUGUGAAGAAUAUUUGAGAGAAAUAGGCCUUUUGUGUACAUAAAAAAAUUCUUAGAUCUUUGAGUUCAGCUCAUGAAAAAUGGGUUGCGUUUAUAAUUUUGUUCAGUGUAUAUUUAUAAAUUUAUACCGGUAUAUUUAUAUACACACACACACACCUGAUGCAUGAGUAUGUUUUACCCCACAUGGCUAUGAUACAGAGAAUUAAUGCAUGGUGUGAAAAACUACUUUUGUAAUUUGGAUGCCCUAUAGCACACCCAUGUAAUUUGGUGACCAGAUGCCCUAUAGCACCCCCAUGAUGACAUGUACCCCUCUAACGUUUCCCUAUUAUAUCUUCCUCUGCAGGGCAGAAGCGAACAGAAGAACGUCUGGGGACAGCACACACAGAGAUACGUCUGCUUCAGGAUAAUUUACGGCACGCAGAGAUAGAACGCCAGGCAGUGGGAGAGCGUGCAAUGUCACUAGAGCACAAUCUGAGAGUGUGUGAGGAUGAGAAAAGAGAUUUACAGGUAACGUGAUAAGUAAUUAACAUAUGGAAAUGCAAUCUAGUACUUCAUCUAUUAUUAUAUUUAAUAUGUUAUGUGAUGGAACAGAUUAAACAGUUAUGGUUGGGAGCUGGGCAGGUGGUUAGGUUGUAGCUGAACUAAUGGGUAAGGUUGGAGCUGGGAAGGUGUGAAGUAGUUAAGCAACUGGGUGAAGAUCUGGAGCUAGGACCAUGAGCUUGGCAAGUGAGUAGAGUUAUGAGUUUUGGAAGGACUGAGCUUGCAAGUAGUUGUGUUAGGGCUGUUGGGUGUAAUACAUGGGUGUACGGCUGGGGUGACAAGUGGACUGAGCAAAUGGGUAAGGUUGUUUAUCUAAAUAGUUUGUUGGUUUAAAUAUGAACGCAGUGGUGAGAGAGAGAAAAAUACACACAAUGUAUUUUAGUGCUCAGCUAGAUCAGCCUGUGCUUUCUAUGCUCCUGGUGGCACAAGAAUUAGUCUAAACAAAAACAGUGAUAACAGUAAAACCCCAGGUCAUUCUCCAAUAAUUUGUAUACACUAUCUGUGAAUCAGAUGGCAAAAAAAAAUAAAAAAAACUACCCCAGACUAAGCAGGUCUAAAAUAACCUGUUCCACGUAAAGAUCUUUCAUGUGACUGCAUUGCAGUCAAUAAAAAAAAUGUUAUCAAAGUCUUAUUAAAACCACACUACUUGUGUUGUAGGAUCGACUUUUCCGGGUUCGCAGUGACGAGAGUAGGCAGGAGCUGGCAUGUAAGGGCUUAAAAGAAGUGCUUGAAGCUGCAGAGAACCGGGGCACAGACCUGGAACUGCGGCGCCGCUCACUAGAAGGGGAGUUGGAGCGAACACGGAUGAGUCUUGCAGAGAAAGAAGCAGAAACUCAUACCCUCCAUGACAGAGCGCAUCAGCUACAGGAACAACUGAGAGGAAGUGAAGACAGAGAGGCAGCUUUGCAGAAGGAGGUACAACGGCUCAGUCUGGCAUUGACUAGGGCACAGGAUGGUGAGAGGCAGCUUCAGGAAAAGUCACAGGGGCUGACGCAUGCACUUGGAGAGGCAACUGCUGGCAGAGGUAACCUACAAGAGGAUGUGAGCCGACUUCAUGCAGCACUGACAGCAGCUGAACAGGACAGGCGGGUGCUACAGGUAACUUACAUCACUAAAAAGUAAAUACAAUAGCGUAUAGACUUUAUUUCAUUUCUGGGUGUAUUUGGUCCACUAACAAUGGAAUUUCUCCAAGGAAAUACAUUUUUAUUUUACAGACAUUUAGAAACUACUAAAUGUUGAUAUAUAAGCAGUUCACAUAUCUUAUUUUGUAUUUACUUUUUAUAAUUCAUAUCUCAAUCUCACUAUUCUAGGAAAGGCUUGACUCUGUUCGGCAGGCUCUGAGUGACAGCAAGAGGCAGAACAUGCGUCUGUCACAGACUAUCCAGGAACAGCAGCAACAACUGGGAGAGAUGGAGCUGUCUUGCCGAGAACUACAAGCAAGAUCAGAGGAUCUGCAGCAGGUGAGAGAAAGAACAGCAAAGUACAAUAAAAAAAAUAUGUGUCAACCUGAGGAAAUUAGCCACCUGCAUUAGGGACCCACUCAGAAUGUUUUAAAAUACAGGUAGUCCACACUUUACGACGACGUGCACUUACGACCAGCUCUCUAGCGUGGGGAUUCAAGGGAUUCUGCACGUUAGAGAGCUGGUCUAUGUUCUGGGAAUUUUCCCUGAUCAUAGAUUUCAGAGAUUCCCUGCGCUAGUGAGCUACUCUAUGUUCAGGGAACUGCGCUAGUGAACUGCUCUCUUGCAGAUGCUCUCUAGCACAUCAUCAUUUACCAACCAAUUUGUUUUACGACCGACUCGUAAGAACGGAACCCGGUCGGUAAGUGAGGACUGCCUGUAUAACAUAAGCCAUAGCAAAAAUAUGGUGGAAGAUGAGAAGCUCAUUCCACCAGGUAUGAUACAUCUACAGACUGGAUCUUAUGGUGUUCAUAUUGAGUGGAUCUUAUGGUGUUCAUAUUGUGAGGAUUUAUAACCCUACUGGCACAUAAUCCUGUGAUUUCAUGAUGGUGCUUCAAAAUGGAUUGAAAGUUGCAUUGGGUACUGAAGGAAACCUGAGAUCAGGAACAAUAAUGAAUACUUUCACCCGUAGCUGUAUUGACUAUGUAUUUAAAUUUAAUUUGUGAUUGUCACGUGUGUUUCACAUCCAGUUUGUGUACCGAUACAUUUCUUGCAUCUAUGUUUCCAUUGCAUAUGUUGCUAGUCUUUUAAUUUGUGUUUUCUUUUUAUUUCUUCCAUGAAGACCCUGCUAAAGCAGCAAAAGAGAGACGUGGAGCAGGGGUCUGUUAUGCUGGAGCUACAGGAGAGGGUGAAGAUGUUGCUGGGAAACAAGACACAAGUUGAGAUUGACAAACAGGAGAUUCAACAUUCAGCAGCUCUUUUAGAAAAAGGGAACAACACACUGAGGCUCUCGCUAGAUAAAGUAAGUAUACAGUGUCUCUCCUGGUAAAACAACAGACAGGUUAGCGCUUUUUUUGUCAAUAUUCACGAAAGAGGUGGAGAUUUUUUCUACAUACAUAUGUUUUUGAAGAAAUCCUAACACCAAUGGAAGUCUAAUUAAAUAUGUGUUUCAUUUGGUUAGAUUUCCUUUAGUUGUAGCAGUUCUUUCACCAAUCGUUUACUUUUAAUAAAUUAGUUCAAAAUAAUAUUUCCUACAGAUUGAUAUUAUUUUCACCUAACUGAGCUGUAGUAAACUUAAUGCCACUUAAUUGCGUUUGUAUAAGUAGCCAUUGUGAAAUUCCAUCAAUGGUCCUCACCUUUUUUUUUAACACUUCCCACUGUGCAUCUCCAAUGACCAUAGCGUUGUUUGCUGUUGGUGUAAUUGAGUCAUAGGAUCCUUUUGUUCAUACCUGGUUGGUGCCUGAAAAUAUCAAAAACCUUUUAUGAUGUUGUUGUUUUUUUGAAGGUGAAGCGUGAUCAAGGGCGCAUGGAAGGGGAAAUUCAACGUCUUUCUAUAGAGAAGGAACAACUCAACCAGUCACUGGUGUCCUUAAGAAAGGAUUUAGCAGAUGCACAGAGACAGAACAAAUAUCUUGAGGUGAAUACGCCAACAUUGCAUGUAUUCAACGGGGGAAGGUUCUAUGUGGCGGUGCUGAAACUACAGUAUUGUUUGAUAAUAUUUUACCAGAUAUGAGCAGCUUUAUAACUGCAGCUGUUUGCAAUACCAGAGUUAGCCAUUAUUGUACCAUUCUAGACUAGUAUACUACCACACUAAAAUAGUGUCCAUUGUUGGAUAUUCCAUUAUACCUGUAUAGCCCAGCAGCAUGUCAUUGUAUGCACACUAUGGUUCAGCUGACAUCAUGACCCACUAUGUCCAUACAAUGAUGGUAGCUUUUGGCCCCAGUGCCCUUACAUAGUUCCAUGACAUGUGCCUGUUUACACACCACCAAUUUAGAAGUAUUUGAGUUAGCCCAGACAUUAUUAGAACUUGUAUGUGUAUGUAUCUAUGAAUGGAUACUGUAGUGACCUAUAUGUUUUUUUGGGACAUAAAUCUUCUAAAGUUAACUUUUCUUUUUCCAUACUAGAGAUUUUUUAUUAGAGAUUUAUACUUAACACUAAGGUUUAUUCACAAAUCAGUGAAACAUUGUAAGUCAAAAACUGAAUUUGCAACCUUUAGGCCUUACAUAGACCUAUUGGGAGUACUGUAUAGCUGCAUUAGAUAAUGUUUUGCUACUUUAGUCUUAGCAUUGCAGAUUUGGUUGCCAGUAUACAGUAAUCCCUAACUAUUUUCCUUGCUGUAAUAGGUCUCUGGGAGCAUGAGUAUUUCUUGUUUGGGUAUAUGUAUUUAGUAUAGUUUAUUUAUGCCUAUUCCUACUCUAGUUUGUGUUGAAUAUGUUUCCAUUACUUAUAGCAGGACCAUACAUAGACACAUGAUCACACAGUCCUGUCAAAUACAUAGCAUCCAGACGUCUAUUUUUGUAAUGAAAACAUACUUAUGGACAGUAAAUAUGCCUAGGCAUAAGUGCAAUAAUAGAAAAAAUCCAUAUGAAGAAUCAUUGUUUUCACACUUUUCUUGGCUAUAAUUAAUUAUUAUUUCUUCCCUAUUUAUAAUGUGCCAAGCUAUUUUGAAAUGCUGUCCAAUUUUAUUUUAUCAAUUCUUCCCCUGUCAGAUGCUUGCAUUGUUUCUCUAAUAAUCUAUGGAGAGCCAGAGGGGGGGGUUAAGGGUUAACUGUUUCCUUGUCAAACAUUACGUAACUCGCUUCCCCCACUAUGUACACUUUUCUCCAUGCAGGAGCAGAUCACAGAGCUUGAAAGGAGCCAUGCGCAGCGCCUUAUGGAAGUGAGCUUGAGACACCGUCAAGAGCUGGAGUCUGAAAGCGAGAGACUGCGCAGUGCUCAGCAGCUGACUGAGAGCACCCUGGAAUCACGGGAGAGGGCACAUAGGCAGCGAAUCAGGGGACUGGAGGAGCAGGUAACCAUCAACCCCCAUGGAGUCAUUUAUAUAUAGUGGGUGAUUUAUCAAACCUUUAUCAAUGAUAACAUUUUAGCCCACUUCUCUUGCUGUCCUGCUUCUGCUAAUCAUUUUUUACCUGAUUAAUGUCUAAUUGAUAUCUUUAUUAUUAUUAUUAUUAUUGCCAUUUAUAUAGUGCCAACAGAUUCCGUAGCGCUUUACAAUAUUAUGAGAGGGGGGAUGUAACUAUAAAUAGGACAAUUGCAAGAAAACUUACAGGAACAAUAGGUUGAAGAGGACCCUGCUCAAACUAGCUUACAGUCUAUAGGAGGUGGGGUAUAAGACACGUUAGGAUUACAUUUAUUUACAUUUUUAAUUACAUGUGAUUGGAAUAAAGAAUUCCUUUAUUAAACUAAAAAAUAGUGUUUUUCUUUUACCAGGUGAAUACUUUACAGGAACAACUAAAUCAGGACAUGAGACGCCGGCAGAACACACAUUCCUAAUUCUUCAUUACGAGACAGAGAGAACCCUAAAUGUGAGGACAAUCACCUCAAUCCAACAAGUGCCUGUUUAUAUUUACUGAGCAACUAUUCACUAUUCAUAACAGAUUUACAGAGCACAUUUCAUUUUCUAUGCUAUCAUAAGUCUUAUGCAAAAGAACCAAUCCGAUCCAUUGCCCAACACACUUAUUCAGUAAAUAUUUAUUGCACUUUGAUUGAAUGGAUGUUAUCAUCUGCUUAGAUUCUAUAAACAUGGAUAACUAAGUAAACAGUAUUGUGCCAAAUUAAAUUGAUACUGCUGGUUGUUUGCAAUAACCUCUAUUGCCAAAUGAAUAUGUUUAUGUCUAUAUAUUGUAUAUUUCAGUGAGCCUUAAUUCUGUAUCUGUGCCUUAAAUACACAGUUGAGCUAUCACCUAUAGCCUGUAUUUCAGUUCUCUAACACAUGGCUGCUUAGUCUUUAAUUACAAUGAUUUUAUAACUAGACGUUUAUAAUUCUUUUACAUGUAAUACCCAUUCACAAAUGCAUCGUGUAAGGCAUUGUAAGGAUAUUGAUAAACUUUACAAUUCAGUCUUAACAGGCACAAUCAACCAAUGAAAAACAUUUAUAUAAGAUUUAUAUAUUUUUAUGUUUCCCAGUUACAUACGAUAUCUGUCAUUGCAUGGUUUUCCUUGAAUGAAUGUCUUGUAACAGUCUGCGCUUUACAGGCAUUCCUAUGUACAAUUACUAUGAAUGCAACCAUUAAUGUCCGAGAUUAAAUAUAAGUUACUAUACAGAUAUAGAUUACCCUAUUGCAAUAAUACAAGCUGACUGGUAUAGGGUAUUCACAAAAUAUAGUAGCAGAGAUUUUAUAAACAAUAAAAAGUAAUAAGCUGUAGAUAUCAGUCAGCAGUAGAAGAAGAUUGGGGAUACAGGUUAUUAUUCAUGUACAUUAAAAUAGAGGAACAUGUUUUAAUUAUCGACAAAUAUGCAAUGGGUUUAUUAACUGAACCAGCAAUUGUGGAAGCUGGUAUUGGAGUUGCUAAUUAAGACUGAAAUAACCGAGCUGCUACUAGAUGAACAGGAGAAUUACAGUGCCUUGAUCAUUUUGCCCUAAAAUUCGCCAGUUACUUGUAAUUUCAUACUGACUUAUUGAAUAGCACUAAACAUGUUCAGAGGAAAACAAAAGCCCUAUAAGGGUUAUUCACUAAAAUGGGAAUUGUAAAACAUUAACCAGGAAGUACACAUUUUAGAUCAAAAUAGCUGAAUUGGAAUGCCCUCCAUUUGAGAUAUGUUUACUGUUUUGCCUUUACAGUUCCAUGUUAAAUUCUCACAGUUCACAAUUUAACGAGUAACCCUGAGGAAUGUAUUUACUGAAGACCGAACUGUUGUGAAUUAAAAAGUGAACUGAAACAUUUAGUAACAAAAAUAGCUGAUUUGAGAGAUUUCUACACUUUUUUUCUAUUUUUGUCCAUUUUUAAAAAUUAGUUUUCAAUGCAGUCAGUACUACUCUGUGUUUUGUGUCCAACCCUAUUAUCCUUGAAGGAAUCAGACUAAAAAUAGUUUUCUUGCAUAUUUAACAUUAUCAUAAUAUUUCACAUAAUAUUUUACUAUAAAACAGGACAGUGAUAGGCAACUGUCCGCUUUCAAUGCAUUAGAUCUGGGUGGGCCAGAUUUCACCAGGUGUUUUUAACUAACAAACCUUUAUUUUCAACUACAAAAAUAACAGAUCUGAAAGGAACACUAUAGUCACAAGAACCAGUGUUCCUUUAAAUUUACCAUUAAAGAAGACUAGAACCAAACGUCAUGGGCAUUUAACUAAUGCAGAUAAUGAAUAUAUUCCAAUGUGACACACCAGAUGUUUUAUGCAAUGUGUCACGUGUUUUUCAGUUGGAUUUUUGUGACCAUGAAUAUGCCUUGUAUUUUUAGAAUUAAAGUACCAAUACUCACACAUACUCACUGACAGACAUACACACUCACUGAUAGACACACACACGAACAGACACACACACUUACAAACACCUAGGCGCCAGGAUAAAAUUCCUAGUUGCCAUUGCGACCUGGUGCCUGGGAUAUGUCGAGCCCUGUAUUAACUGUCAGGAUUGUAACAUUUAUAUUUUUAUACUUUUCUAAGUCAAAUGAUUGCAUUUAAACAUAAUUAACAUGUAAGGUAAAAGGGGUAAUUAGAUUAAAUAAUUGUAUAUUAUCCAUAUUAAUGCAAAACAUAAGUGGUUAAACAUUGCAUAACCUAUAGGCAGUUACAUAGCCAUACAGUUUCUUAAAACCGUAGGUCGAUAUUUAAGGCCAAGCAUACAGUUUCUUAAAACCGUAGGUCAAUAUUUAAGGUCACGCCAUACGUAGUAGACACUGGAGACAAAAAUACUAAAUUGUGUAUCUUUUCCACUGUAAAAAAAACAAAAAACUAUUCAGGUUGAUUUUUGAACAUAUUUAAGUGAACUAUAGGAAAAUAUACCUCUGGAUGUUAGAGUAUGGAAUCAAAUCUAGCUUACAAUUUAUACUAGUGGCCAACAAUCUGGUCCUGAACUUCUUAUAUUAUGUUAUGAAUAUAUUGCUCAGUGUACCUAAUUUAGAUAAGGGGAAGUCAAGUAAGGGACAUCUAGGUGUUCACAGUGUUUAAAGGAUCACUUCAAGUACCAUAACCACAGUGUGCUGUGGUUAUGAUGCCAGAAGUGUCCUUUCCCCCUCGGGUUAGUAGUCAAACCAUUUGCUAACAGUUUGAUUUCUUACCUGGGGUCCACCAGGCACCAAUGACUUCUGUCGAUUCUAUUAGCUUUCUUGACAUAAGCUUUUGUCGUGCAGGGGGCAGCUUAUUGGCUGGAAAAUUUCAGCUGAUCGCUCUGCACUUAGCUCAGGCAGAUACCUUCCUGCACUCAUAGAGGCAAGGACUGACACCCAGUGGAUCUCUGGUAAGAUGUCAAAACAGUAACAGUGUACUGUUGUGGUUAUGGUGUUUGGAGUGUUUUUUUACUAUUAAACUUUUUUUAUAACUAAAUUUUGCUUUAUGCUUUUAAAAGAACACUCCAAGCACCAUAAACACAACAGCCCACUGUAGUUGUUAUGGUGCCCUGACUAUGUCCCAUUGUCAUUUGUCCAACUGCUUUUGAACAGUUUGACAAAUUACCUGAGUUCCCGGGCUGUCUGCGCUGCAUCUGAUCUUUUCCUGCAAAAGCAGUUGGAUGUCUCUCUGCAACAAAGCACAGCUCAUUUAAACUGAAGCAGAAGGGUCCAAGUAAGGAAAGUAAUACUACUAUCUUUUCUUCUAAAUCAUCUUAAAUGUGUUCAAAAAAUAAUAUUUGCUAUUUAUUAAAGGAACACUUCAAGCACCAUAACCACCACAGUGCAAUGUAUUUGUUAUGAUGUCAGGAGUGCCCUGACACUACCCCAAUGUAAGUAAUCAAACCAUUUUCUAACAGUUUGACUUCAUACCUGGAGUCAUCCAGGCGCUGGUCCCUGUUUCACUUUUUCGUGUAUGGAGAGCUGGAAGCUCCUGCAAGGGGAUCCUGUUGGCACUCUGAGUUAAGCACUGCUCAGCUCUUUGACUGAGAGCAUCAACUGAUCACUGACAGCAAAUGAGUUGAACCCUACUGGGCGAGAACUUCCGGCUGUUAUAAAGGUAGGAAUGCCAUUGACCACAGGUAUGUCAAAACUUUAAGAAAACAGUUUGACUACUUACACUAAGGGUAGCCAGGACACUCCCGGCACCAUAACCACUACAGCACACUGUAAUGUUUAUUUCCAUAUGCUAUAGUGGAUAUGGUGCCUAGAGUCUUAAGACAUUCAUCUAUAUUAAUGUACACAAAUGGGGAGCCAGACUUUUUGGAUAUUUUAUCAUUUUACAGUUUAUUAUUUAUGAUUUAGAGUUUAACAAUAGGGAAAUGGUUUAUCUUUAUUUAUGUACUCAUAUUAUUGUGUUUUUCUAUCAACAGUUCCAAAAACAUAAAUAAAAGUAUUUCAUAU